AUGGCCGAGUCCAUGGGCGCCACCAGACCACCAAUUUUGGGUGUGUUGAAAUUAUAGACGCAUCACAGACCCACGGAGGCAAUGCCCCACAAUCUCCUUUACACGGCACUUAUAAUAAUUGUUUACUGUAUGUACAUUUCACUUACAAUUUUAACAUAAAAAUAACAUUUUACCAUAACUUUUUUAACUUUAUUUUUUCUACGCACACGCAUUGAAUGCAGGUAAUCUGUAUUAUGGUCUGGUAAUUAAUUACGAAAUACGCGGAUAAAAUAUUCGGCCGAUACAUUAAAAAAAGGUUAUUGGGUAUAUUGGGAGUGCUAAUUUUACACUUGGGGGUACUAAAAAUCCCGUAGCACCCCCUAUUAUUGACAAUGCGGUCGACCGUAAAAUAUUAUCAGGUAGGUCGGUACAUCAAAUAUUUUGAUAGUAGAUACAGGCAGGGGAACAAGUGCACACCCCUAACAAAAUCAAAUUUUUUUUUUGAAAAUCGUGUUUUUCGAAAAUUUAAAAAAUUGUUGAAUCUUUUCAUAAAACAUCGGACAUACUUCACAUCAGGCGCGGCUCCAGGGGGGCACUGGAGCCAUGCACCCCCCCAAGGCUUUCAAAUAAUUUAAAUUGUUUUAAUACAUAUCAUUAUCCUUUUGAACAGUUAAAUCCUGAUUAUUUAAUUUGAUAAUUAUCAAUUUUAUUUCGUUUGAAAAUCCGUAAUAUUAUGAUAUUAAUAUACGGUGUUAUCAUAUAGGAACGUGUACUAAUUUGGGAAAUUACCAUUAUUGGUCGACGGACGGUUUAUGUACCUAUAUUAUUAAACAUUUAAUCAUCAGAUAAAGAUAAUGCAUGAUAUUAUAAAUGUAUUCACUAUUUACACGUAUCGACCAUCGACGUAUAAUUAUUUUUAUUAUUUUUCUUUUUCUUUUUCUUUCGGCGUGUAAACAUUUUUAUCGGGAAUCGUUUUUUUCCGCGGUCAUUUUUGAUUUGACUUAUUAUUACCUGACCUAACCGGUGACUACUUAUUUUAGGUUAGGUGUGAUUCGGAUACGGAUUUCCGCAGGGGCGGCUUCAAGGGGGUGGAGGGCUAGGGACCGCGGUCUCCCUAAUUCCGUAUUUUCGUUAAAAACAACUGUACAAAAAAAAAAAAAAUUUUAAGUUUGUUUUGAAUACAGUUUUCUGAAAAAUAUGACUUGCCCCCCUUCUACCAAGUCUCUGGAGCCGUCCCUGCUUUACAUGUAGGUAACCUACAUGUUACAACAUGUACAUGGGAAGUUUGGAAGGCAGGAAUUCAGGGAGAAUUUAAUGUAUAUGUGUACCCAACGAUAAACCAUCUUUAACGAAAAACCAAUUCUGAGCGGAGUUCAGUUGGUAGUGUUACGUUGUCAACAGUAUACAAUAUGUCAUAUUAUGGUAAAAUGAUUACAAUGUGCGUUUCCAUGAUAACAAUGAUUGUUUAAAAAUAUAUUAAAAUAAUAUAAAUUUGAUAAUAACAAAAAAUAAAUAAAAACUGUUGCCAAUGAUAACUUUAUUUUUAGUAUUUCAAUCAUGUUUAACCUAAAGGACCAGGUUUUCCUCAUUAUCACGAAUGUUAAUGAGAAUUUCAAAAAAUUACUUCUCUAAAGUACACCCCAAAGAACGUUUCCUUUCUGAAAAGGUGCUAUACUUCAUAAUCGGAGUAAGCUUUGUGGUGGAAAAGGCGUUCAUAUAAAAAAAAAAUAAGCAUCAUUAUAAAACCAAUACAUUCCUCGCUCCACUCAGAAUCUAAAAGUUAUGACGAAUAAUUUUUAAAAACUUCGAAUUGUUAAAAUAUAUUUCACCUUUAAAGCUUCAAAAUCAAAAUACAUACGAUACUACGGUGUUUGGGGAGGGGGUAAAUUAUCAAAUUCCCCUCCCUGGAUCCGCCACUGGGUUAUAGCAACAGUACUAUAAUAAUAACACGGAACAGUCGUGUCAACGUUCCCGACUCACUCGAAAACAUAAUGGUUGCCUAUACUAAAAUCAUUUACGGUGUCGACUGCACUAAUGAGUAAUAACUAAUAACUAAUGUAGUGAUAAUAUUUUAUCAUUAUCACGGGACGUCAGCGCCUCGAAUUUCACAUUCGCAUGCAUAAGCAACCACCUAUGGCUAUACCCUAUAUCGCAUAUCCUAAUCCUACCAGUAUCACACCGUCGAUUUAUUAAUAAAUAAAGUGGAUAUUCUUUGGUUAUAUUCGAGUUCUAUCGAUUGAGUGUAAUAGUGGCAUUGAGUAUUUGAGUGUGUACUUGCCCUAGGAGAAAAAUAAACUCGUCGUUAUAAUUCAAUUUAAAAAAGGUAUUAACGAAGAACGAGCUAUUCUAUGUAAGUCAUAUAUAUAUAAAAAUCGAUUUUCUGCUUAAUGAGUCUUGGAUUUGUAUGUUAUAGUAAAAAUAUCACUUGGUUUAUUUUAAUUGAACAAUUUAUCAUCAAAUUUAUCAACACGCGUAUGUUCGUAAUAUUUUACUCGCGCAAUUAAGCAUUGUUUAUUAAUAUAUUAAGUAAACAUUAGUCAUUACAAUUAAUUGAACAAUAUAUUUCUAUUUAUACCUACGAUAUACUGCAAGUAAUCGUUAAUAAUAUUUAUUCUGAUUUACGUAGAUCUACUCAGAAUUGAUUUUAACACUGUACACCUAGAACAAUUGUCUUAGUGGCAAUAAUAUUGUGCGUUUCCAUGUUUUAAUUUAGUUUUUAAUACUAAUUUGUCUAUAAACCUAUUUGAUAGUAUAGGUGUUAAAUAAAUAAGUGUAAAAUGUAUGUAAGUAGGUGUAUGUAAAUUAAUUUUUAUUUAAACAUUAUUAGUAAUUAUAAGUAUGUAAAUAUAAGGAUGGUACAUUAUUAUACCUACUAAUUAAGAUAAAACAAUCCGGUUUUACUACAGAUACGCAUAAUGGUACCUAUACAGAUACAGAUAAUCAUACAGAUUUAUUUCCCAAUAUUCUAGUUUCCUACCAGUAUAAUUAUGUGUACUUUAUGCACGAAUAUAAAUUUGUACCAACCGUGGUAGAAUUUGAUUAAUUGCGAUUUUAUUCAAGUUUUCAUAUUGGCGGGGUUGUGGGAACAAUUUACACUCAAUUCGAGUUUUUUUCUUCUAAAGUUCAUUCGGAAAAAAAAAAGAAAUAGUGUUUUUUUUUUUUUUAUAUACAAAUAGGUAUUAUUACGUAUAACAAAAUUGAUAGUUAUUUGCACGUAUGGAAAUAAUUUUUAAACAUUAUUAAGUAAAUAGGCAGGUAUGCGUCCUCGUUUCAAAAUGCGUAUUCGUAAUUCGUGAUUUAAUUAAACGCACGAAUAAUAAUUCUCGUGAUAUCUUUACAGCUUGAGGAAAAAACACACCACAAUAUAAGUAUAUUAAGAGUAUAUUCAACUCAUUUAUAUAAUAGGUGUAAUGUGCAUAUAGUUUAGAGGUAAGAGUUUUAAACAUGGCGAAAAAUACAAAAAUCGAAAACUGCUAAUGUUUAAAAAUAAUGUUAAUUUAUAAACAUUUAUUAUUAGGUAAUAAUAAUAAUUAAUUGAAUUUAAAAAUGUGUCUAUGUGUUCAAAGGAAUCAAUUUUAAAACUGAUCUAAAAUAAAGAAUUAUUCAUAGAAGUAUAUUCAAAUUAUCAAUACAAGAUAUUUUAAAAUUCAAUCGUCCAAAUUUUAUGGUAUUAUAAAAACUGGUUCUUCGGAACUGGUAAACAUAUUCCUGUAUUAUUAGGUAGGUACCGGCUAUAAAAUUAUAAAAUAUGAAACUAAUUUUUUAUUCCGUUAUUCUUCAAUGUGUGAGAAUCUCAUUUGGAUUUAUAACAUUUGAAAUACUUACAUUUAAAUUGAGUAAUUUUAUUUUGAUAAUUAUGCAUAGCAAAUUAAACUUUGAAGACAAGUUAAAAUUUUUAAUACGUAACUUAAUAAUGCAACAAAAUAUUGUUAUAGACUCCUUGUAGUUCUCACACAAAUACGUUUUUUAGAAAAUAUUGUUUAAAACCAAAGCCUUAUGCAGGAUACGUGUAUGAAUGUGUAUAUCUAUUAAAUAUUUAAGAUUAUUGGGUUCCUAUACAAUCAAUAUCUAUACACAAUUAUCGAAUAUAAAAUAUAGCCAAUUUUCAUGUUGAGUAGGUACCUGGUACCCACAAUUAUCAUCAUAGGUACGUCGGUUAUUUUAUUUUAUAUUUGAGUGUUAAAUAAAUCCCUAAUAUUAAAUCUGAAUGCAUGUGUAUUGAAUUUAUAAAUUACACGAAAAUAUAAUAAAUAGGUACUUACUAGUUUUAGAUAAUUUGAAAAAAAAAUCUUUUUUACAUUUAUCUUCAUUCAGAUUUUGAGCGCAGUGAGUAAUUUUAUGGUUCUACUAUACUAUGUUUCGUGUUUUUUUUUUUGAUUUGACAACUGUUCUACUAGAAAUCCAAUUCCAAUCAAAAAAUUACUUGAGAGCCUUUUAGUUGCAUUUUGGAUAUAGUUUAUGCAUUAAAAGAGGCUAUUUUUAGAUUUUCCAAACAUUUUUUAUAAUAGUUAGGAAAAACGUAUAAAUUUACGACAAUGCAAAUUGCAUUAUUUAGAUUUUUUCGAUUUUUUUUUUCUACCAGAAAUCUUACUUUGAAAUUAAAAUAUAGCAUUUUUUCUGAAAAAAAAAAAAAAUGUUAUCUAAUUGAUGGACUAGGAAGUCGAUUUUCUUAAUAGUUUGAAAAACUGGGAAAGUUUACGGAAUUAACAGUUUGAUUUAAACAUUUUUUUUUUAGAUUCGGAGCGUAUUUUUUUAUUGCAAAUGAGUUUAAAAUAUUCGUAAAGGUGUAAAACUUUUACAGAAUACUGAUAUUGGUAUUUUACAAGCAUUUGAUAUGGUUGCGUUUUUUUAUUUGGUUUCAUGUGGACAAUACUGUUUAGCCCAUCAGAAAUACUUAAAAAUUGUACUCAAAAUUCAUCAUGCGUUACACUUAGUGGAAAAACAAAAAGUUAAGAGUACUUAAUGAAGUAGUUUUUUUUUUAAGUGUUUAAGUUCAAAUUUUGACGAAAAUUAUAAAAACAUGGUAUUUUAAAAUAUGUUUAACCGAAUUUCACUCAGAAGUCAGUCGUUAGUAAAGAUUAAUCGUUGUGUAUAUAUGUAUAUUAAAUUACCCUCUAUAUCCUACAUUUUAACUUCUCAUAUACAACAAUGGUCCACUCAUCGUGCGAAGUAUGUCCGUAUCUUUUUUGUUUACAAUACUUAGAAUAAAAAUUAGUGUAAAUGGUAAAUAUUUCUUUCAAAAUUGUUAGCUUUUUGUGUAGGUAGGUAAUAAAGGUACUGUUCUUAAUAUUAAUUAAUCAACAAUAAAUAUAUGAAUUGACAAUAGUAUACAAAUUAAAUAUGAUAAAUAAAAUAUAAUAUAAUUUUAUAAUGUUUUCGUUUAAAAAUUUGUCGAUAGAUAAUACAAAUAUUGGCUAUUGAAAAUUAAAUUAAUCUAGGUCUUUAUUAUAGGCUAUAGAGCGCUGCACGUAAUAAUGAAAUAAAUAAUUAAGGAAGGGUCUUAAAGAAUGUUAACUCAUUUCCGGCAACCUCCUGGGGUUGACAAAAUCAGAGAAGUCUACUGACACCAAUACGAUGUAUAUGAUUGCCUCUGGCACUAGGACAUCAUCUUGUGAAGUGUUUCGUAUCUAUAGCAUCAAAACUGUAGGUAAAUAAUAUCGGCGUAGGUGCGUACCUCAAUUUAUUAUCCAUCUAUUAGGCUGAUAUUAUUGACACUUUCAAAUUAUUUUAUUGAAAAACUUUAAAACGUAUUUAAGUAUUUUAGAUUCUGAAUGUAGCGAAGAAUGUAUUGGUUUUACUAAGAUGUUUAUUUUUUUUAUUUUUUCAUUCCGUGUACCAAAAUUCUACCAGAAAUCUUGCUCAGAUAUAUACGAGCGGCACCAUUUCUGAAACGGAAUGUUAUUCAUAUGGUACUUUUAAGAGGUCAUUUUUUGUUUUUCUUAGCGGUUUUCAUAAUAUCUGGGAAAACCCAGGAUAAAACGUAAGAAAAACGGGAAAUUUACGAAAAUAAUGUUUUUUAUUAUUUUUUAAUUUUGUUACAUGUUGUAAUUCAGUUAAAAAUAUUCGUAGAGACUUGAAAUUUGAACAGAGUACUUGUAUUUACCUUUUCUAAACGACGUAAAAUUUGUAAAACAUUUGAGCCUAUUUUAUGCUUUUUAUAAAAAUUUUAAUAUUUUUGUUGAAAUUUAAAUAAAGAUAUUCGUAUCGACUCGAUGGACUUAAAAUUUGGACAAAAACUGACAUUUGCCUCUCUAGACGGGGUAAAAUCUCCGAGAAAAUGUAAGCCAUUUUUGAGGUAUUUAUAGAUAUUUAAUUUUGAGAGUUUAGUACGUAAUAUUUAUUCGAUAGGUACUCUGUGGUAAAAUUGUUAUACUUGAAGAGAAAUGUUUCAAAAUUUAACAGAAGGUUCAUUAAGAGUCGUACUUUGUGGUAAACAAAAAAAAUUGUGUUUAAUGCUGUAUUUUUUUUAUAUAAGGGAAUUUUAAUAUUCAAUUUUGACGAACAAAUUACAUGAAACAAAUCUAAUUUUUAAAUAUUUUUUUUUACAUAUGUAUAUUGCCGAUUUAAGAACUAUAAUGAAGUCAGAAUUAAGCGGACUGACUAAGUUUCGAAAUUAUAGCUUUUUGAAGUUCUGAUAUUGUAUGUUAUGUUAAAUAACUCUAUAUUGUCCUUCAUAAAGCAUAUUUUUCGUGAUUUAAUGGUUAUUUAUACCUAUUAUCAUCCUAGGGGUUACUAGUGUGACGAAAAAAAUUGUUUACAUUUUUUUCCUUUUACCUAAACAAGGAAAAAAUUAAUUCAUUUUGGAUGUACCCAAAUCAUCGCUCCCUCAGACUAUUUUAAUCACAAAAUACCCCUCAAUUUAUUGUGCAAAUUUUUACACCAGAAAUCUUGGUCCGAUGUAUCAAGUGUAGCUUAUAUUCUGAAAGGAAAUUUUAUCUCUACGGUAAUUUAGAAAAGACGAUUUUUAAUUUUUCAGGCGGUUUUCAUAAUAUCUGGGAAAAACCGGGAAAAAAUGUCGGAAAAACGGAAAAUAUAUGAAAUGUAAGUAUUAGAAAACAAAUAUUAUGGCCUUUUUUUUCUGUGUACAACUUUUCUACCAGCAAUUUCGUUCCGAUUUGAAAUGAUAGCACUUUUUGUGAACGGAAAUCUGACUGGGAAGGUACUUUAAGGAGGUAAUUUUUUGCAUUUAUUGGGAAAAAUCGGUACAAUAUUUAACAAAUAUUAUUAAAGAAAAUAUUAUACUAUAUAUAUAUAGAAAUUAUUUUACUAUAAUAUAACAUAUAUAUUGUUGACAAAGAAUUUAUUUAACGGUUUAUUGUUGCUAACAGAUAUACAUUAAAUUACCUAUAUCAGUGGCUGCACACGUUUCCAUUAUUCUAGGAUGUCUCAUUUGCUAGCUUAUUUUACGAGUAUCUAUAUUAUAUUAUACAUACAUAUAGGCCCGCGCAAUCGAGUUAUUGAUAAAAUAAAAAACAAAAAUCUUGAUUUUGAUUACGUGAUACCUUUAUGUAUAUUUAUAUAGGAUGUCCCACCGUGUUCUGUCACUAAAAAAAAAUAAAAAUAGUAAAAAAUUAAUAGAAAGUCGGAAAUUCAAAAACAAAAACCGGAAACGUAUAGGUAUAGCUAAACUAUCCCGCGAACAUGAUUUUCAUAAAUUAAAAAUUAUGUGAGACAUUCUUUUAUCGACGACCCUCGAGGCUACUUAACGGUACACGGUAUAACGUGUGUGACCUAUACACCAAACAUUCCAUAUCAUCCGAUCAUAUAUUAUUAUAUGGUGGCGGCACACAAUCGAGGCGAUUAUAUUUUAUUUUAUUUUUUCGAUAUUUCGGACACAAAACAUAUUUAUAUAUAUAUAUUAUAAGGGUACCCUAUAACAGUCAUCAAUCAUCAUCAUAAUAUUAUUAUCACACACAUCGUGCUUUUGUGUCUAUAUAUAUAUAUACAUUAUACACCUAUGAGUGCGUAGGUAUAUGUGUACAAUCGCGUGGCGUGUAUGUUCGAUGACGAGGAGCUCCUACUGCGAUACGUCUACGUCUAAAAUAUAAAAUACCAAUUUUAUUCUAUCAUAUACAAAAAAUAAUAUCUUGGUAGACGUGACACGUAGUAUAUCAUCGCUAUGUAACAAUAAUAAUAAUAAAAAUAGGUAAUAAUAUAAUGAUUAGCUAUGGUGUAUCUACCUAUCGUCCGAAGUCUCUCUUCUUUUUUUUUUUUUUGUUGUUUAGCGUAUUUAACGGUGCUUUUCAACCGCUCAUUAUUAUUAUAUCCUCCUGUACAGUUAGAUAUGUACGUCGUCGCAUACAAAACGCAAUUCCCGCUGACCGUCCAGUGUCCUCUGGUUUCGAUUAUACAAGCGUGUUUUUUAAACCCUAUUAUAGUAUAAAAUUUGUACGAACAAAUGUGUGUAACAGGAAUAUAUUUUGGAAAUCUUACCUACAAGUAUGAAUGUUCUGAAAGUUUUGUUAGGUUAAGUUAAUUUAGAAGUUUUUCCAUUUUAACCUAUGUUAUUAUUACAACCAAAUUGAAUAAUUCAACAAAAAUAAUUCAAUUUUCAUUCCAAAAAUAUCAAAAAUCCUGUGCCAGCCAUCCUUUGGGAGUUCAAUUUCGAUAUAAAAAUAGACAGUGAUCUACCUCUUGUUUUUUUUUUUUUUUUGGAUGCCAAGUGUGCAUAGUUUCAUAACAAUAAAAUAAAAUUGUUGAUUUGUAUAGCGAACAGACAAAAUUCCAAUUUUAUAUAAAAGAUACAAUAUAUUGUAAAUAUUAUAACCUACCCUACGAGUCUAUGAAGAAAAAUGUAUAUUUUUCCACGCAUAAUAGCUACACCAGAGGUGACUCGUCAAGUUUGCCUGUUUGAAACGAGGUCUCAGCGUCUGUGUAUAGUGUAUACAUAUAUACGUACGGGGCUAAAAGGUUUGUAGUCGACCUUGGAGCCCACACCACAUUCCAGAUAUAAAAUAUAUAAAUAUAAUACAAACGUUGCACACGAGAACUGCAUUUUCGAGAGAAAAAAAUUAUAGAACGUAACAAUAAUAAUGAUACCUACUCACCCUUUAACCCUCGUUUGUGUCUGGUCUUACCGCCGCACCCUUCGUCUGCGUAUGAAGAUAAUAAUAAAAAAACCACCCCAACAUAGUCAGUAUAGCUAUAAAUGACGGUAUCAUCUUUCGAUGAAAAUCAUUUAUAGAAUCUGAUAUUAUGUUCGAAGAAGGCUGUUUUAAAUCAAAAAGUUGUCAGAUCGACAGCGACAACUGCAUGUUUAUAAUAGGAAGUGAAAACCAAUACCGGAUUACUCAGCAUCGACAAAAAGAAGGCGGAGAAAAAAUUACUAACCUCCGCGUUCGUCAUAGACGCAUUUUUUUAUGCACCUGGUGAAAGUCAACGUACCUACAUCGUUUUUUUGCAGGCCACAACGUCAUGUUAAUUUUCCCCCUACUCCAACCCCAAUUCCAUUUUUAUUAGUCACCAUUGUCAAGGACAUACAAAUUAUUUUGAGGGGGCUUAGUGAAUUUCCCUCGAUUAUCGAUUCCAUCAAUUGUCUUUUUCCAAACUACCGUGACCAAACCAACCUGACUUGCAGUUAACUUAUAGGUAGGUUCAUUUUUAGAAAUAAAAUAUAUAAAAUAUUAUGAAAAUACAAUAAAAUACACAAUCGAUCAAUAUCAUAGGAAUAAAAUAUUACAAAGAUUAUUGAAAUAAUUCGAAGAGUUUUGUACACAUUUCAAUACAUGAAAUGGAAUUUUAUUAUUUUCUGACGUAUUAUAAUGAAAGAUAGGCAAUUGCCGUGUAGUGUUGAAGUCUCCUGAAAACAAUUAACAAUAUUGAGAUUAAUUAUUAUUUUUUUUUUUUUUGUAUUUAUGAUAAUACAGUGUAAUGUAUUAUGACCUGACUUAUAAACAGGAUGUAGCUAUGAUAAUAGUAUAUUAUAGGUACUAUAGUCUCCUGAAAGUGUUACAAUAGUUGUUUGAAUUAUUUAUAAAUUAUUUGUUACGACAAUUGUUUAAAUAUUAAUAUUAGGUAUUAAAAUAUUGAAAAUAAAUUAUAAUGAGUAAUCUAUCUCGAGUGUCGUACCAUAAUAUUAAACCGUACAGUCAUAACAAUGCGCAGUCAACAGAUGAAUAAUAUACAUAGGUGUUGAAUAAAUUAAAUAAUAUUUCUAGAAAUGCAUAGCUCAUCGUGUAUAAUACUUGGACAUUGAAAAUAUAGCAAUAUAAUUCUGAACAGUUACAGACGUUACAGUUAAUAUUUUACAGUGACAUUUUAACAUAGGUAGAUGUAUAGCAGUGGCGUAUCUGAGUAUUUCAAUGGGUAUAGGGAGAAACAAAAAAAAAAUUACAAAUUCCAUGUUUGUCUGUAAACGUUUUUUAUGUUUAAAAAUUUACUACUUACAUAUUAUUAAUGAAAUAUGAAAAUAAAUUACAUACACGAUGAAAUAAUAUCAAUAAUAUGAAACGAUUAUGAUAAAAACUAUAAUAAAAGAGCCAGCAUUUUAAACUUUUAUUAUACAACGAAUAAAUAAUAAUAAUAAUAAAACAAUGUAUUUUAAUAAAAUACAAUAUUUAAAAAGUUAAAAAUAUACUUUUAUACGAAUAAAAUAUUUCUAUAAUGACACAACGUGUCAUUUUUCAAGCUGGUUAUUUUAUUAAAUUAAUUUUAUUGAAAUUUUUUUUAUUCGAAUUAGUUUGUAGAAAAAAAUAUGGAUUUUUGAAUAAAUGUUGUUAUAAGUACAUACAAUUAAUGUUUUGUUUUGUUUCUUUUUUAUCCAUAGUUAUUACAUUUAAACAUAGGUAAAUAAAUCAUUUUGACUUAGGUAAUUUUUCAUCAUGAAAAUACACACAUAAAAUAUGACUACUAUUUCUAAUUUCGUAUCAAUGUGAAAAACGCCACUUUUCAAUGAAACGGAAAAUCACAUUUUAAUAAUGGAAAAGCGACACUAACAUGAUCCGGCAGAUAUUAAAAUUAUUUGACUUUGUUCAAUAUUCUACCGUAUUAAUUUCACAGAUUUAAUUUUGGAUGUUAAGUAAAAAUUGUAUUUUUUUAGUUGUAGGUAUCAUUUAUCACUAUUGUGCAUAAACAUUAUACGCAAAACACUUUUUUCCAUUCUCAGGUACAAACUACUAAGUAUCUACUUUAUAUGAGACGUAAACACAUCUUAUUCAAGUCUUUAUUUUCAUUUAUUGAUUUUACGAAAAAUAAUGGGUUCUACCGAGUACCACGGAAACCUCAUCCACUACAAUCACAAAUCUUAACAAAUUAAUCUAUACCCGUCUUUUUAAGUUACCAGUAUAAUUAUUAUAUAUCCAAUUGUCAUUAUUUAGUUAUCCAAAUAUACAAUAAAAAUAAUAUGAUUGUGUAUAAACACAUAUUGACAUUUAUAGAUUUUAAUAGGUAAUAGCAGAACUAUAGUUACUAAUAUAUGAAAAUCUAUGAAUCAUAAUACAUUCUCUUAAUAUCAAAAUAUAUAUUUAUAUGCAAAAUACAAUUUUAGUUUCUUUUAGUAUUAGAUACUAUUGUAGAAAUAAUAUCUUACUCUUGUAGUUGUGUAUAUAUCUAAUAAAAACAUGGUUUUACAAAAAAAAAAAAAAAAUCCUCGUUCUGUAGUAAUAAUAAUAAUAAUAAUAUGUUUGGUUCUAUAUAAUAUAUUAUAAUGUAGUGUAAUUUAUUUGUAAUACGAAAAUGGUAUUGAUAUUGAUAUUGUAGGUACCUACUGUUUAAGACAUAUACGAGUAUAUAUUGUAAUAACUAUAAUAUGACCUCGAAACUGCGGGAGUGUAGGUACCUUAUAUAUUACGAUUUAUAAUCACAUUAUUAUUGUAUUUGUAUAGGUAUCGUAUAUUGAAGGAUAAAAUUAAUAAAGGUAGUGAUAAAAAUGUUCGAACUUGGUAGAAAAUAAUUUAAUAAUAUUAUUUUAAUUAGUUGUGAUCAAAUGAUUAUGCCAUGCAAUAGAGGGGGGGGGGAGCAGACGAAGAAGAUUUUUUAAAUCUAUUUUUUACAAUUAUUAUUAUUUACGUUAAAUUUUUGCGUUAACAAAUAGAUAAUAUAAUUUCUAUAUAAUAAAUAUAGAAUGGAAAAAGGACAUAGAAUGAUAUCCCAAUUCCUCCCCCUGCCCGUUCGAUCACCUCUAAUAUAAACAUUAAAAUUUGUAAUUUUUACAUAUAGCCGUAUAGGUAUCUAUACUCAUUUUAUACAAACAUAUUUGUGUGUAUUUAAAGACAAUUAUUAGUUGCACAAUUACACUUUUGUUAGUGCAAAAAAAAAAAAAGAAAUUGAAAAACUAAAACAAUUAAAAGACGCGCUGAUAUCUUCUAAUGGUGUAUGUGUGUGUGUGUGUGUGUGUUAUUAUUAUUGUUAUUAUUAUCAAUUCGAUUUUCACUAUUUUUUUUUUUUUAAGAACACAGGCUACAAUUUGUCCGUUUUACCUGUGCGCUGCGGCGGCGGCGGCGGUUGUGACGGUGGCGGUGGUGGUAGGGGCGCACCUGCCUGUCUUGGCCAACAGGUUUCUUCUUUCUAGGUAGUUAGGUACAAUAACCCGUGUCGGUUGGACGGCUCCGAGUAAAAACGUGUCGCAAUACCGGUAUAUCGUUUAUACCAACCAUUACCUACACAUUUUUACAAUUGUAUUUUACUUUUUCGCCGGUGCUUGUUUAGAAUUUUUCUGGUUUUUUUUUUAUUCUUAUUUCGUUUAGUUAUCAAAGUUUUGUGGAAUAUACUCGAGUUAAGUGUGUACUUAACACCGACCGACGGUGAAAGUGUUAUCAUUUAUCUACCUGGAAUAUUAUGGUGAUUUGAUGGAUUAAAAAAAUUAGUCACUCAAGAAAUACGCGCAGGUAAGAAAUCAAUAGUACCCAUUUUUAUUUUUAUUACGUACUUUAGACACUUUAAUUUUUAAUAAUUUAAAAAUAAUAUUGCUGAACCCACCUACGAGCUAUCCAAACUAUAUACUAAAAUUACUUUCUUUUGAAUUUUGAGUAGCUUAUUAUUGAUUAGAUAUAGUUAAUAAUAGUUAAUAUUCAAAUAUAGUUAAUCAUCUUGCAACAGAUAAUAAGUACUUAUAAUCGCAUAGUUACGAUUUGCUGGAACGCAUACUGGUUUAUUAUUUAAAUGCAAUUUUAAAAAUCUCGGGAGACACGGUUAUUAUUAAUCUUUUUUUAUAGUUAAAUAGAAUUGUACUAUUUCAUUGUGUACAUCUGAAGUCAAUCUGACCGUGGAUAAUAGUCUUUUGUGCUUAAAUGUAGGUCAACGGCACCAAAGUUAUGGUAUCUAAUUACAUGGUACAUUAUGAGAUAUGAUAUUAUAUUUGUGGUCUAUAGUCUAUCGUAGGUAUACCACUAUGCUUUCUCGGAAAAUAUUAAAUUCACGUCUCUUAGUUGAAAAAAAAAUGUAGCAUAUUAUUGUUGUAUACGUUUUUAGGAGUUCGGAUUUAUAAUAAUACAUAGAGACGACAUAAUGUACCUGCAGGAUAACUGAACAUUGUAAAAAUAAAUAAUUCCAGUAGAAAAGAAAAAAUAUUAUUUAUCAUCCUUAUUUUACACCUGCAGAACUCUUUUGUGAUAAUAUCUCCAUACAAAAAAAAAAAAUGUCUCCCCCUUACGUGGGAAUCAAAAAUCAUAAAUAACUCCUCCAUUGUGUCAAGUUUAAAACAUCAUGUCUCGUCCAACCCUCAGGCUAUUAUAUUUAUUUUUUAUAGUCGUGGGAUCCAAUAACGAUAAUGUCUAAUCCGAGAUAAUUAUUUUCACCAUUUUUAAAAUCUCAAAAUCUUUAGUCAUUUACUAUAAUAACCUACCUUGCAAAAUCAUUUAUUAUCAAUUAUCAUAAUCAUAAUUGGAAAAACUGUAUUUUCGAUAAAUACAAUUUUACGCGUUUUAGGAUAUCCUAAAUAUAUAUGUAAAACGUGAGCUAAAUACUUUCGAUUUUUAAGAUUAAAAAUUAAUAUUCUCAUAUUUUAAUAUUUAAUAAUUAUAACUAAUCAUCGGUUUAUAAUAAAUUCUAUGGUUCGUAAAUUAUUGUGAAAGUGACGUAUUUUUUAUUUUUGAAAAAUAUUAAUAAUAAUAUAUUUUUUUAAUUCUAUAAUAUAUAAAUAUUUUGCAAUAUCAUUCUAAUACAGUUAUUACUUAUAAUUACUUAUUACUUAUUAGUUACGGAUUGUAUAAUAAUUCGUAUAAAAACAUCUGACAUGUUGACGUAUAGGAAAUCCGCAUUUACAAUAUCGUAAGUAUAGGUACCGUUUUUUUUUUCGUCAAUAAAAUGUACUGCUAAUAAAUAUUCAUGUACAGGACUGUACUAAUAUUAUUAUUUAAUUCGUUUUUAUUCGGUGAUGGACAAAAUGAACUAUAAACGAACUACAAUCAUGUAAUAUUGUAUAUAGUUUUUAUAGAUUCGAUUUGUUUUAAAUUUGUAUACUUCGCGAAUUAAUUAUACUUACCUACUAUAAAACAUUAGUGUUUCAAAUUAUAUAUGAAUACACGUAGCUAUAAUUUAUAUCCUUGGAAAAAAAACAGACACAAUUAAAAAAAUAUCACGAGAGCCAUCAAACGGUAAAUCGUUUGUAGCGCGCUGGUGAAUAUUUCAUACCCACAUGCAUAAAAUGUGCAGCAUAAAACGUUUCACUGAUAAGUUUAAUAAUAUUGGUAACGGUGCCCUGUUUUAAUUCAAUAAUGUGAAUAUAAUAUAAUAUACGAGUUAUUUAUUUUGUAAUAGGUAUUAAAAUUGAAACGAUGUUUGUAAAUCUGUAUUAGUGAUAGGUAUUUCAGUUAUAAUCCUCUGAACAUUUUGCAAAAAAAUGUCAAGUCGCUCGAAACGUGUUAACGCGCCGUUGUACUUUCUUAUAAUAGUGAAAUUAUUUUUCUCGUACAUAAACGCAUAGUAUAUAUCUCCGUAAUUGACGAAUGCCUAUUAAAGAACUAUGUACUAUAUACACAUUUAAUACAAAUGUAUACAGUGGAGUGUAUACAUAUAAGUGAAUAUGGUAUUAGUAUUAGUAUGAGUAUUAGUGUUGGUAUAAGUUAGGUUCAAGAGGAUGCGAUAUCGCCCGUAAGUAAGGGCUUUCGUGUAGGCAAUUUUUAAAAAUCAAAUGGAAAUUUAUUAACUCAAAAAAAUUCAAAUUUAAUACUAAAUAAACGUUAUUCCGUUUCAUUAUCACAAAAGUAUUUGCUGUGGAACUAUUAAUUACAAUUUUUCUAAAAAAACCGUUUCACGCUGGACAACACGAUAUUCAUUCCGUAUUCAUAGUAAAUCUAUAAAAAUUGCACAGCAUAUUGAGAAAAACUUUAUCUGUAUCUGUAACGUGUUUAUUUUGUUGCUAACAUAAUUAAUAUAAUUGGUUUCUUAACGUUUAGUUAUUUUGGUCGUUUAAUUUAAUAUUAUGAAAAAAUGAUUGGGUACAGUGUUAUCAAAAAAACGGCAUACUAUGAAACGGAUCUAGUUCUUCUUAAUGUGCUGUGAAUGUUUGCUAACUACAUUAUAAAUACGGAAUAAGUAGAAUUAUUUCGUAUAAAACGGGUUUAACUAUCGAAUAAAGAUGGAUAUUGCAUCAUCGCAUGAUAUAAAUUUAUAUUAAUCUUAAUAUUCAAUAUCUUUAAAUUCGAUUAAAACUAAUAAUUUUACAUACUCGAAAAAUGAAUACUUAUAAUUCGCAAAUUUUAUGAUAACUGCAGUAUACCAACCUAACGAUAGUUAAUAUACAUCAGACGUUUUGUAUACAAUUGUAUUUUACCUUGCCAAAAAUAUAAUCCUAGAACCGCCGCUGAAUUUAAAUCAGUAAUAUAUUUAAACAAUUUUAUUAUGUUUUCAUUAUUCUUGCAUACUGGUGUUUAAUUCAAUAUUAAGAGAACGCAUUUUAUCGACGCAGACGCGAGCAUAGAUCUUCUUGUUUUUACUUAAUUUAUAAAUUUUAUAAUAGAAAAAUUAACUAUUAAUAACUAAUAACAGCUGAUCCUACCGAACGCAAAUUUUGCUAUAUCGUGCGUUUGCAGUAAAUAAAAUUGAGACAUCACACACGGGUAUAGUACGUCUUCUUCGAAUUCACGAUUUAAAAGUUAUAGUAUUGAGAGUGGGUGGAACAUAUUUUAAAAAAACAUAUAUAUUUAUCCGAAAUAUAUAAUAUUAUAUAUUAAUUAUUGACUUAACAUAAUAUUAUGUUGGCCUAUAGCUGAUGGGUGCGAUUUAAUGAACUUGACCUGUUAUAAGCUGUCGGUAAUAUGUGUUUUGCUAUUAAAGAGAAAAUAAAAUACGUUGUCGGAAAGAUAAUUACAUAUACACACGCGCGAUAUAUAUUCAUCAGUGUAGUAUAGCUUUGAAGUGCAGUAUAAUAUACAAUAUUAUUAUAUUUAUAUAUAUUGUACGGAUAGAAAUUAUAGGUACUGUAGAUUCGCAAAAAAUUCAUAACGGCAUCGUCGUCGAAAAAUACGCGGCCGUGUCCGUAUUAUAUCCAGAGACUUAAACAGCCGACAUGAAUGAAAAUAUAAUAUAUAAUUAACGCGUUAAACGUUUUGGAUAUAAUUUUUUUUAUAACUGUUAAUGCUUUAUUAUAUUAUUAUAUAUAGAAGUUAGUAUUAAAUGUAAAUCGGAUACAAACGAUUGUGAUCGGAAUUUUAGGCAUUUUAUAUUAUGUUUGGAAGGUGUAUAAUACAAUUAUUGAACUUUUGGUUUUGAUACAAAUAUUAGCAUCAUUUCAUAAAACCUAAAUAUAAAAAAAAAAAAACUUAUUUGUUGCGUAAUAUUUUGCAUAUUCAGUUUUUUCCGAGGCUUUAUGCCUGGUUACUCAUAUUCCCAUCAGCGAUAGUAUGUUUUUAUUUUGAUUGGACAAGAAAAUACAUGUAAAAUAUCUGUUUAAUUUUUUUUUUUUCAUGUGUAUUUCAAAAUAUUUUACUAAUUACUUAUAAUACUUAUUUUGUUUUUUUUUUUUUAUGGUGAACGUGUAUGUAUUACACCCCAGAGGUGAAAUUGUAUAUAAAAUAAUGAAAUUGGUAAUUUUUAGGUAUAAGGUUAUGAUAACUAAUAGCAGAUAAGAUUUUGGAAUGAAUAGUAUAUACUUACUGACACAUGUCACUUCAUUUUAUAAAACCUGCUACUCUUUAUUGAUAUAAUCUCUUCCAUUAAAUAAUGUUUAGUAUUAUUGAGUUGUAUUUCUAAGAUUAUUAGUUGCUAUUUCAUGAAAUAGAAAACUUUUUACCAAUUCUAUAAAUUAAGCAGCUCACUUUGUCAUUUCACGGAAUAUUCUUAACAUUUUCCAUUUUAUGAAUUAAACAAUAUUUCACCAAUGGGACAUUAGCAAAUAAUUUUCAAGUUCUUUUAAACACAAGCAGCCGUUGUUUCGAACCUCGUUUAUAGCAUAUAAUAUUUGGAAUAUAUUAACGAUAGUAAGCAUACCUAUAUAUACCUAUUAGGUAGGAACAUUAUUUGUUUGAACUCAUGUUCGACUGCGGUCGAAAAAUACAGGUAUAUUCUGUACCUUCUUGUACAUUGUUCGACAAUCGUGCGUAGUAUUCGAUCGAUAAUAAUUACAAAAAAUAAAAAUAAAGAAUCGAGUGGCAUUUAUAACGUUAUGGUUUCUUGACGGGCUGUCAAGUCUUACGAUACAUAUAUACAAUGUGUAUUAUGGGAGUAUUAUAAGUAUAUGUAUAUAAGUAUAAAUCGUAUCUUUGGAAAAUGACAUUGUCGGUGCCGCACACGUACUUAUUAGACUACGUCGUUACGUGUUUUUUUUUUUUUACGUUUUCGUUUAUUACAAUAAUAAUAAUAAUAAUUAUUAUCGUAUUAUUAAAAUUAUUUUUAUCGUUCAGAUUAGAUUAGUUUCGAAUAAUGGGGUACCUAUAAUAAUAUAAUACCCUUACGUGGUCGCCGAUUCAACUUUACAGAUAGGUACGCGGACGUUGUAUAUUAUAAAUAGACAGAUAAUCAAUAGGUAUUGGGUGUGUCACAUACGAUAGUAUUAAGAUAGUUAACAUUUUAUUUUUUGGAAAAUAUUUUCGUGACUAAAAGUAUGUAUUUUUUUAUUUAUUAUACUAAAAAUAAUUUUCAAACGUUAGAUUUAAGCUAAACGCAGCCUAUAUAAUAUUAUAGUUCGCAACAGGCAAGAACGAUCGCUUUGAAAUCGUACUGUCCGGUUUUUAAGUAUAAGUGCACGCGCACGUUAGGUCAUAUGCGGUCAAUGCGAUUUUCGACAGUCAUCACCGUAAAAUGGCGUCGAGAUAACGAUUUUCACGGUCAUUCGAAUGAUAUGUAUGUGUAAUGUGUAUAUGUGCAUUAUAUUGUCACGUAAUGGGUAUUACAAUAAAUAAACGGUGACCGAGUUGAAUAUUCAGCCGUUUGGGUAAAAAUGAACACCGUUCGGUCUCAACAUUUUAAUCUAGCACAAACAACUCGACACUACGAAAACCUAAUAGCCUAUAGUCCCUUAUUAGAGACCCGAAGAAAAACCUCGACGAGUUUUUAUCUACAACAUUGGGAGUAUAAACGGAAAACGACGCCGGGUAGGUCACGGGAAUCGGAGUUAAUCAUAAAUCGGAGUAUCAUGCAAAACUACGUGUUUUGCGUUCGUAGAUGAAACAGCUAGUGUCAAAAUUCAUCAGGACGUAUACUACUUCUUCCCUUCUCGAUUGGUGUGCUGUAGUUCGCUAUGAUUUUUGUAACUUGAUUCCCUUAACUUCUUUUAACUAUCGUUUUGCAUGUCUUUCGUUACUUAUUUUAUCUACUCCAUUUUUGGUCUCCGUCUUAUAAUAUGACCUCCUACGUUAUUUCUGUGACGCGUUUUGUUUGCCUAUGGUGACGCAAUAUAUUCCCUAUCAUUUCGUCCCGUUUGAAUUUUAUACCACGCCAAAAUUCUCAUUUUCCCUGCACUCUGUUCGGCACUUUUUUGUUUUGUAUUCUUUCCGUCCGUUUAAUGCUAAGCGUUAUUCGACAACACUACAUUUCUAAAGCCUCUAGUUUUCUUUUAUGCGUCGAGUUCUUGUCGCAAGUUUCGCGGUCAUGCAUCUAGAGUCGCGCUUAUAGAAACGUUUUCUUACCGUCAGGGCCCCCCUUGCAAUUACUUCGGCCGUCUCUUGUUGAGAUUUCACUACCUACUUCGGACGUGCUGCGGCCGAAUGUUGGCGCGGGGACCGAGUAUCGCGGACGCCGGUCUGGGACCGAACAGAAACAUCAAAAUGCCCACAAUGAUAACAUUAUAACACCGCUGCGAUUUAACACGCGCGUCUGUGUACAUAUAAAUAUAUAGUAAUAUUGUAAUGUAUAUAUACGUACCAUUUUGACGGCAGCCGCUAGCCGGCGUACGCGAUUCGGUGGCAAAUCUAAUUAAUACGAUUAAUUGAUAACGGGUCGAAGCGCGCGCGUACCGUGAACGACUCUACGGCAGCACAACAACGGCGCGCACGCCGCCGCGGGACGCCGCCGCCGUGCGAAAAAAAAAAAAAAAAACGGAUCGCCGUACGGCAUUAUAAUAUCAUUAUCGUGAUGCGAGUCCGCCGAGUACCCCAUUUAAAUGAUAAUACAACAACGUGCGCACAAAAUAUACGAGCACAGUAUACGCACACGCCGUCGACGCCGCCGUCGCUAUUAUUCCGCGUCGUCUUGUGCGCGCGUUACUCCGCGGGUCGUCGAAUAGUCACGGACCGUGUACGCGGUUUAAAAGCCUGCGGAUCGUAUGCGCCAUGCUCCAGUUACGCGCGUACCCUAACCUAACCUACCCGUCCGCCCGCCCGCCCGCCUACCUGUUUAUACAGGCGUUAUACCUAACCUAACCGACCGACCGACCGACGGCGCGGAGAUCUUUGCGCGCCGCCGGCGUCGGCGACCGACGAUAACGCGCGCCCGGACUUUUGCCGGUUAUUAUUCCCAUGGAUAUCGCGGCCGCACAUCGCGAUAACCCCCGGGUAAAUUUGACAAUUAUCCGCCCGCAAUAUUCCGGCCGGUGGCACAGUCGUCGCGUCAACACUGCACUCACUUUGCGGGCCCGCCCGCGACCGACGCGAAUCGGAAAACGAUUACUGGUGUCUUGUGUUGUUUUGUCCGUAAUCCGAUUCUCAUAAUAUGGCCCGUUUGUUUGCUCAUUCGUCUAUGUCGACUGUAAUAUUAACGAAAAAAAAAUAUUCGUUUUUCUGCCUCGCGCGAGUUUAGCCGGAUAAUCCGGGCAUUCUGCAGUUCGACCCGUCUCCGGUUGUGUCCCCGUCCGGCCGAGAGAUCACUUUUCAGGGUCGAAUACCGGUUAAGUAAUUGAAACCAAUAAUAUUUUUGACGUAUUUAAUUCAUUUCUAUUUGCACACGAUUAUGUUACCAUUUACACGGCGUUCAUUUUCGAACAAAUAUACUUGGAGGCUAGGGCCUAAAAAGAGGCCGAUUCUAUUAGCAAACACUAACACCGUGGGUCAGUUGACCUUCCGAACUCCUCUCCCUCCUCCGAGAUCGGCAGCUGGUUUAGUUACUCCUCGAACUACUGCAAUGUCCGAUGAAUGUUGCUCGGUUGCUGGCGAUUCUCUGCACGUACGUGACACGUCGUACAUUUUCGAGAAAACGAUAAUAUUUUAACGGCCGUGUAAACCUGCGGGGGCGUAACGAACCCGAAUAUUGUGAACUGUAGUCGAUUUGGGUUACCUAUAUGUAUAUGCCGUGGAAUUCCGACCGUGGCGUAGGAGCACACUUUAAAAACACAAUAACAGUAGGUAUGCUAUACGUCUCCACCUCCUCCUAUAUAAUCAAACGCAUGUUAUUAUCGAACAUACGUCAUUCGAAACGAGGGGUAUUUCGGGGUGUGUUUCUUAGUUUUAACUUGAAAUUUUUUUUCAAAAGGUCUGGUUAUUUUUUUUUAAUAACUUAUAUACGUUUAAAACUGGUAAGGUAUAAUGAUCGUCUCUCCCCUCGAUAACGCGCAGCCCAUCCUUCUUCAAUCUACGUGUAGGUACCCAUGCAUCUGUCUGUCACCGGAAUAAUAAUAACUUACACGGCCCCUGCCCGGAGUCAUGCCGCGGCGGGCAUCUACCUAUCAGACUCGAUGUCGGAGAAACGAGAUUUCGGGUACACACGGCUAUUAUUAUUAUACACACAUAAAAAAUAAAAUAUAUGUUAUUGAAUUCGUUGGCUAUACUUAUUAUAAGACAUUCCCGUUAUCUCCGGAGUGGUUUUUUUUUUCGUCGACUUAACGAAAAUGUAGGUAUCUAAUUUAUUAAUAAUGUAUUGUUAUUAUGUCGAGGGCGACGUAAUCGAGUUUCAAGUGGAUUAUUUAUAGUGACUAUUUGGUAAUAUAUUUUGUACACGAAUAAAUAUUAGGAAAGUCACCAAAAAUUAUUUUAUUAUUUUUAAUUUAAAUAAUACGUAUAUUAUUUAUGUAUGGUUUUUUUUUUAGGGAAGAAGGGCUUAAGUCAAUUUUGUAUCGUUUUCAAUACAAGCAAAUGAAUUGUUGAAAAUUGUUAAAUAACAUAAUGGUAAAUGGUUAAUGGUAAAUAAUUGAUAAAUGGCCUAACCUAAACAUCACGUUCUAUAUGGUUCAAGUCGUAUAAUUAUACGACUUUCGCCUUUUUGUCAAACAAAAAAUGUAUCAAAGUGACUUGAGAUAUUUUGAUAUUCGGCAUAGCAUUUGUUCGAAAAAAUACAUACACUUAUGUCGGUUAGAUCGAAAAAUCAUGCUUUUUUUCCCCUGCAUGGACUAAAGAUAUAAUGUACGUGUCUGAGUAUCGGGCAAUGAAUAUACAAAAUACAUGUUGGAGGGAGGUUACCAAGUAUAGAGCGAUUGUAUGUGCUCUCGAGGAGCAUAGGUAUGUAUAGUUUAUCGGUGUAUUUGUAUUGCAAGGAAGCCUUGAAAGCCUCGAAAAAGAAAAAAAAAGACGGGCGGGUGAUUGCAGUGGUUGGAAGUAGAGGGCUACUAGUUGUACUGUAGCCGCUACAACACUCGGCUAAGAAGAUAUUUGAAUUGCACGCACAAAUGCUGUACUACUAGUGCUACUCCGUAGUGAACCCAGCAAGAGUCAUUGAUAGUUUAGCGAACCAAACGUUUUCGCGAUGUAACGGCCGAUAAACCGCUGCGCAUAUUCGGGCGAACAAAUUCCCAAACAACCGAUCGAAACACCGAUGUACUAAACACGCCUGUCGAUUCGUAUACGUAUUUCGUACGCGUACAAAGUUCGAUCACCGUUCGAACAGCCUCGAACCCGGCGGCGGGCGGCGGCGGCGGCGGCGGCGGCGGCUGCGGGAUAAUUAAUACGCACGCGAUAUUAUUAUUGGCAAGGGAGAAGAAAACACGUUCGUUACCUUACCUACAUUUUAAUUGCGGCGUUCCUCGCGCGCGCGCAUACCUGCACGGCAAUAAUGAUAGUAUUUCGAGUGAUUCGAUAGGCGCGUCACCGGCCGGCCACCGCGGCGUUGGCCGGCGAAAAAAACGGAGGAGUCCGCGCGUCUCACCCGAUCGUCCCGACCGGUUGUUGGCCCAGUGACGUAUAAUAAUAAUAAUAAUAAUAAUAAUAAUAAUAAUAUAAUAUUAUUAUAAAAUGUAGUGUGGCGAACGGCCGCGCGGCGCGGAGAUAGGAAGUCGGGAGCAUCGAACUUCUCGGCCGCCCCCCCCCCUCCCUUCUUUCGCCGACGCCAAGAUGAGCUGGCACCGCCGUCGUCGUCCGCGGUCAAUAUUAUUUAUUAUAUAGCUGGUACGAGGACGCGCGGUGCCAACUGCGGCCGCCGCGCCGUGACCGGACAACCAACUCGCCGCGGACGCGGCCGGCCGGCGGUACGUCCUUUUACGUGUCGCUCGCGAACGUAAUUAUUAUAUUAUUGUAGCGAAUCGCGUCCCGUGCCUGCGUGCGCGGGUCGUACGAAAUGUCGCCUUCGUCAUAAGUAAUACUAUUCCGGAACUCGGUAGUAUUCUGCGGACGUUUCAAUAUAGAAAAUCGGUCGAAAAAACCCCGACCGAAAAAAAAUGAAAAAAAUAAUAAUUAUGAUAACAUCAGUAACAUUGUAAAACACGAAAAGAUACGGAUGUACUUCGCACGAUGGGUGGUCCGCUGCUGUAGGUGAGAAGUUGGGAAGGUAGAGGGUAAAUUUAUUAUGUAAAUCUGUUCGCAACGAUUGACCAUCAUUGUCAAUGAAAAACAAUUCUGAGUGGAGUGUUGCUUUGUCAACAAGUAUUAUCAUUAAUUAUAUUAAUUGUUUAAUAUUGUAAAAUAACUAAUUUGAAUUGAAAUUAAUUCGAAAUACGUUUUUGAAUUGUAUUACACAUCUGAAUAUGUGCAGAUGAUUGAAAAAAAGAUUUUUAUGUAUGACAAUUAUUGAUUUCAUGCUACGCGAGCGGAUUUCAAGUUGAUUUUAAUUUUCGGUAUAGGUUUUGGAUCCCAUACAAUUUUGAAAUAACGCCUCUGCUAAGCACAUCUAAUUAAGUCGCCAUUUAAUCUGUCCAAUAUUGUCUUGGACGGCCCCUUUGUAUUUUUCUAAUUUAACUUUCCGACUUAAGCUUUCUCCAAAAGUCCGUUUAAUGUUUAAACGUGACCUUUAUACUCGAGUCAUUUGCUUAUCAAUAAAACCUCGAAUAAAAAAAAUUUGUUUUUUUUCUUAUGUAUAUUUGUGUUAGGCUUCUUUGUCCGUGGAUUUUUUGGGCGAACACCGAUAUAAUAAAUAAUAUAUUAUUUUCGACUUAUGUAUUAUAUACUCGUCGUCUCGUUACAUUCGUAAAUCCCCUUCCUCGUCUCGUCUUUUUCACCCUAUAACUCCAAAAUGACAUUGUGUGAAUACUUACUACUAUAAUAAUAUUUUACAUUUAGCUCCCACAGGACGAAAAACUGCGUGACGACGCAAAAAAAAAAUGUUCCGGAUACCUAUUUUUGUACUAUAUUAUAAUAAUAUUACUAUUACUACUAUAAAAUACUACUGUUAUUUAUUAUUAUUGUUCUCUCUAUAUAUAUAUGUAUAUUUUUUUAUGGAAGUUAAAACAGUUUUUUAAUUAACAAACGAUGCGCGUGAGGUUCCCUCGUGAAACUCCUGACGAGUAGACCCCAUCAUGAUCAACGGUAGUCUUGUACAAUUAUUAAUUAUUGUUCUCGUAAUUAUAAUGAAAAAAAUAAAAUAACGCUGAAGAAGGUUAUAUUUAUUUAGUAGUAGAUAGGUAUAAACCAACAAAUUCGGCUCCAAUUAAUUAAAAGUAUAAUAUAAUAAAUACGCGAAUUGUAUGCAGUUCACUGGAGCUUUUGCAUUUUCUACUUAAGAGGUAGGUAGUUGACGAAUUCAUAAUAUAUAGCUAACGAGAAUACAUUGUGAUAUGGAGACAUAAAGUCAAAAAAUGAUAACUGUGGUCGGAUAAAUAUUUAUCAUAUAAUGUGAGAUCAUUCAUUUUCUUUAUAAUAUUGUUUUACGAUAAAAAUAGACUUCCUCCGAAACAUAAAACUAAUUUUAUUCGGUAAACGAAUGUGGUAAAUAAUAUUAAAAUCGAAUGAGCUUAAAUUAUUAUAAUUAAGUACCUCUUCUCGACAUCAGCUCUGAGUCCUGAGUAUAGGUUAUUUUAUUAUUAUUGUUAUAACGGUUUAUUCGAAAUUGACCACAAUAUACCUAUACAGCAUACUAGAAAACGGAAAAUCGACAUGAUCAAAAACACUUUUACUAUUUGAUUAUCAUGUUAUACAUGGGUAUAGUUUAGGUAUUUCGAUAUCAAUGCUCAUUGUUACACAUGUUUUCGUUUUAUACGGACGAGACAAUAGCUGGUGAAAUCCUACAAUGAAAAUUCUGUCGUUACAUAUCGUUUGAAAAACACUAAUUAGAAAAUGUAGGUAUUGAAAAUAUUUUUAUACGCUGCUUAUAACUCAGUGUUAUAUAGUGUAUGCCACUCAAAUGGUAAUAUGAUAUAAAUUUCAGCUGGAUAGACUUAGAGUGUAAUGUAAGUUUUUUUAGGAAAAUCCAUGGUUCUAAAUGAUACAUUUUUAGAUUGUUAGCGGAACGAGGAAUGUAUUUGUUUAACAAUUAUAUGUUUAUUUUUUUAUAUUGAACUGUGGUUGUACUCUAGAAAGUCAAUGUUUGAUUUUUUUCAGAGGUUUUCAAAAUAAAUGGGGAAAAAUUGGAAAAAAAAAACGUAGGAAAAACAGGAAAAUUUACGAAAUGUAUUAUUUUUAAAUCGUAAAUAUUAUAGCUUUUCAAAACACGUACAACUGAACUUCACUCAGAAUCGUUUAUGGUUAACAAUGAUUAAUCGUUGACUACAGAUAUACAUUUAAAUUCCCCUCUAUCUUCUAACUUCUCAUCUGUAACAGCAGUUCACCUAUCGUGAGAAGCAUGUUCGUUUGCUUUUUGCCUACAAUUUCAAAAUUUUAAAUCUCGUGUUGCGCACAUGGGGAAUAAAAAUUACAUUUUCUUUAACGGAAACAUGAUACACCAAUUUUAAUAUCAGAUUUGAAUAGUUAUAUUUUUCCAAGCAGCUUAUUUGAUCAAUAUAAUUUUUUUCUAAUUCGAAAUUACCUGAGAUACAAACAUGUAAAAUUGAUAAAAAAAUAUAAUACUAUUUUAAUUUAUUGAACAUUAGUAUGCAGUUGUAACUAACAUUAGUUGCUUGAAAAUAAAGGGUUUACAUUAUUAAUAUUACCUCAAAUUGUGUAUUUUGGUACCUCCAACCACCACUCGUUUGAAUAAUUUCGUGUUAUCAUUUGAUUUAAACAUGCUGUAUAUAUAAUAUGGGUUAACACAUUUACAAACACUAUACGAUUUACAAAAACGAGUACCUACAAUAUAGCCUGCAUACAACAACCAGCAGUAUAUUACAAAUAAUUUUUUUUUCUUAUAAUAUAAUACGUGCAGGUGUUCAACGCAGGUAUAUUGGCAAUGGUUCAAUGGGUACGUUUCGAGGGUUGGUCUGACUAUAGGUACGUAUAUACUUGCAAAAGACUUUGACUGGGUGUGCACCGUGCACAUACACACACACACUCACACACACAUACAUACACAUACACACACACACACACACACACACGGUGAAAGACGCUGAGGUAUUUCGCUUUGAAAAUAUUAUUACGUCAUCGUCGUGUAUACCUAUACGGUAUAUAACAAUGCUUUGUGCGCUUAUUGUGUUUUCUUCCGAAAAGAAAUAAAAUCGUACACAUAUGGCUACGCCAUCAUAAUAAUAGUAGGUAGGUAGGUAGAUAGGUAUAGAUAUACAUUUUCAUUCGGAGCACGGAAAUAAGUAUUUAAAAAUACAAAUCGAACACACGCGCGUACGCGAGAGCGGAGGAGUGAGUUUUUAAUAUUCAAGACGAACAGUUUGACAUUUGAAUGAUAGGUGUGACUGAAAUAAUAAUAUUAUUAUUAUUAUUAUUAUUAUCAUCGAUUCACCGUGACGGAAUACGUAUGGUCGGUUGGGUUUUUGACCCGUGUUGAUUUUUCGACGAGCGUUUUUUUACACGUCCCCGCGCAAUGUAUAUCUAUAUAAUCGUACCUAUAUAUAUUAUACAAUUUUAGUAUUCGGUAGGUAACCGAGCCUGCAUAAAUUAAACAAUAAAAAAAGUCAUCAUGAUCAUAAUAGUGUUAAGUCUCCGUAUCCGGUAGUAUUAUUACUAUUUUUUUUUGUACUCUAUAGCUACUGUAGCGCAAGUUCAAAACUCCAUAACGCAGACUAUAUAACUAGUUGUCAUCGAUGAAUAAUCAAUGUUAUAUAAUUAGGUGUACCUACAGUUUAAUUGGUUAAUAAUAAUAAAAAAAUAUCAAAUAGAAUAUUAUUAUAAUCCUUCAAAUACGGUUCAUCUCAUCAUAAUAUUUAGUUGCAUAUAUCUAUACUUACGUUUGAUCUAUGACGAAACGUUCCGCGAUAUUAACCUACAUUUUUUUAUUUUUUUUUUUUUUUUUUGCCAGCUCGUGGAAAUGAAUUACAGUAAUAUAAUAAUAAUAUAAUAUACAAACACGAAUAGGUACCUAUGUUUUUUUUUUCAAUUUUAUUGUUAUAAAAUUGCAUUAUGAUAUCUAGAUAGGUAUCUAUUUUUUGGCGGAUAAUUUCGUGAGAAAGUGGUCAUGGGCUUUGUGUCGCCCGCGCGCGUUAAAUAAUUGGUCUUAAUAACACCGUCGUCGUGAGUAAUAUGAUUUUAUGCGGGGGCGAAGGAGAGGGUGCUAGUGUGCAGUUGUGCAAAUCCGUGUGUACGUACCUAUAACCUACUACGUUAUUCUUGUCGUUUUGAUUUUGGACAGCGUUAAUAAUAAUUUUACCCGUUUGUCUCGGAAAUGCCUAUUAUGUUGCGAAGGAAAAUAGAUUUCAUCAAAUUACGUAGGUAGGUAUAGGUAUCGUGUACCUCGUUGUAUUGUAAGAUACGACGGGUUAUUAUAUUGGAAAAAAGACCAGUAGUGGCUUUUCAAUGGUAAAAUACAAUAUUCUAUGUUUUGUUGUAUGAUAACAAGGCUUUCAAUGCGUUAGACUAUAAUACACUCGAUGUUGUAGAAACUCUGAAAUGAUACCAUAACUAGGUACCUAAUAUUUUUUUUUAUGCUCAAUUAACUAUACUCGUAUAGGUACCCUAUGUAGUUUUAGUAUUUUAGUAACAAAUGUCCCAUGUAUACAUAGGACGUUUGUUGAUGUUUGAUGUAGGCAAUAAUAUUAGAAUUUAACUAAAAAAAAAUUGAAAUAUUUAUAUUUAAGUUUACCUGAAAAGUAUUGAUUGGAAGGAAUUAAACAAGUUCAUUAAGAGAAAGUAAGAAAUAUUGAUUGGUAAUAAUGUAUUAGAGAUAUACACAAAUAGAAGUCGUGUUGACGACUAAGGCUCUUGAAGAGUUCUUGAGCUAAAGAAGAGAUAAUAGAGAGUGAUAGAGAUAGAGACACACACACUUUUAUAGUUUUACAUUAUUAGGUACAUUAAAUUUCAUAUAGGUAAUUCGGUAAUUAUCUUAACAGUUGAUAAUAAAAUCAUCAUGUUGUAUAUUUUUAAAUACCUACCUCUAUACAUAUAUAAUAAAAUUAAAAUAGUAAUAAUAAUAAUUUAUACCUACAAUUUUUUUAUUUUUUAAAUUUCUAUUCGUACCUAGAAGUAUCUAUUAAAAAUUUUACUUUUUUUAUUAUUAUUCAUUUAUUUUACUUAUAACGGUAAAUGUAUCACGAUGAAGAUAAAAAGACGAGUAGGUACAUACGAAUAUUUGAUAUAGAACGGAAAAUUGAAAUUCCAAAAAACUCGUUAUAGAGUUGUUGAAUUUAACAACAUAUAGACGAGAGUUUAUUUUUGAAACCAGUUUUAGUUCAUCCGCAGCGGCUAAAGACGAAAAAACUAACGCAUAUUUUGCUGAAAUGUUGUACCUAUAUACGCGUUGUAUCUAAAGAAAUCCAUACCUAUUAUUAUAUGCUUAUUGCUUAGAUAUAGGCAAGAAAAUACUAUGGUCGAAUCGUUGAAUCAAACGAUGCAAAUACAAAACUAGUUUCGAUAAUAUACCGAAAUCAGAAUUAUAUUGUUUUUUUUUCACAGUUUGAACAGUUAAUUAGGUAUAUAAUGCUGAAUUUUAUGGUUAACUGAUUUUUUUAAUUUUUAAAUUCAUACCGUUAAAUUUUUUAUCAUAUUAUAAUUAAUUUUAAAUUUCGUAUUUUUCGAUACAAAUUACAAAUAAAUAAUAAGUAACUAUACAACGUUUAAUCGUUUAUAGGUUAUAUUUUAUGAUUAUUAUAAGAAUAACGAAUAGUGAUAAUAUAGAUGGUCGGACUCGAGAGUCUAUAGUGUCUUGAGCCUGGUCAAAAUAUUUCGGUUGAUCUAUAGAUUUUGAUCUGGGGAAAAAAUCAUGCUAAAUUAUCAAAUGUGUUAUACAUUUUGUUCCUAUAAUCCUCAAAAAUAGAUCCGUAGUCAAAAGUUCGAUUUUUUUAUUUUUCGAUUUUCACUUCUUUUUACAAUAAUGUCAAUAAAUUAAAUAUCAAGUUCAAAUGACACGAAAAUAUGUAAUUAUUUUCUUGAAGUAUGACAAUAUUUGAAUUAUCUAUCAAAUGAAAAGAAAAAUUCAAGUGAAUAUCGAAAACAUUUAAUUUUAACUUUAAAUUACUCCUUUCUUCGUUGGUCAGCAAAUUUUGGGAGUUUGUCCUAGUUUUCCAAAAACAUUGUGAUGACACCACUUGCAAUUGGUUUAAUCAUAUAAUCUUACUUAUUGUGACAAUAAAAAUACAAUUCACGAUUUUGAAAAUGUUAGUUUUGUUAAUAACUUAUACUUAUCUUUAUCUAAUAAUAUAGUAAGUACCUACUCUGAACACUUAUGCAGUUAUUUCUUGUACAAAAACAAAAUUAUCGACAGCCAGACAAUUGUGAUAAUAUUAGAACAUUACAAGGGUAAACCAUUAAUAUCGGGGAUAUUAGAAGAGUGCGGGUCGUCGGUGGUUGCGUCAUAUUAUUAUUGUAGAGCUCUAUAUAGUGUAUAUAAAUAGGUUUUCGGAUUGAAGUUCAAGUGCGUAAAAACUAGUCACGUUAUUGUGUCAAUGACAAGACUAUAAUAUAAUACCUCAUAUUAUUUCCUUUCGUUUUUCACAUGAUUGUUUUACGUAGGUAUAUCAAACGAUGCUCGUUCGUGUUAGUUUGCACGGGAUUAAUGUUGAGUAGGUAUAGACACUAUAUAGGUAUAUACAUAAACACAAGGCAUAAGAAACAAAAAAAAAAAAAACCUUUCUCUUUUGAAAUCAAUAUUUAAGACACUGCGCAGCAUGUCUGCAGCGCUUGUACUUUUCUUGGUUACUCUUAAGUAAAAUAAUUGAACUGUACACAUCUGCAAAAUAGUAAUAUAGUCUCGUGACAAUUUUCGAUUUGUUCGUCGUACCGGACGAAAUAUUAUUAUAUAGGUGGAGUAUAUAGACGAACAAAUCUCGUUUCCGUAUACGAAAUCACUUAAUUUCCAUAUGUUAAAAAAACCCAACCCGGUUUUGGAAUGUUGUUAUUAAGUCGCGGCCAGGCACCGUUGUUCGUCCUACAUUCUUUCGCCCAUCUUUCAUGUGACCACGCUAUGUAUUUUAUUACCGAACAAGUGAACAUACACAGUAAACAUGGAUGCCCUCACCCAUUUGUUCACUUUACCUUGGUAACGUAAAAAAUAAUCAUAAUAGGAACUCGCUAGAAAUCGGAUAUAAUAUUUCGUUUCAUUCAAUAUAUAGGACCAAAAUUAUAGAUUUAUAGCCAACAAUUACAGAAGCCGAUGUUAAAUAAACUUUAAAAAUAUGUUAUCCAAAAUCCGAUUAUACCUAUAUUUUAGGACAUUUUCGUUAGUGAACUAUAAGUAUGAUUUACCUAUUUAUUUUAUAUUUGUGCAUUUUAUUCAUAUAAAAGAAAGUUUAAAUACUUUAGACAGAAGUUAAAUUUAUGUCAGAGAUUAAAAAAAGAAAAAAAAACAGUUAUUCUUCGAGAAACCGAAUGAAUAAAAACCACGUAAAUUAUAGCGAUGUGUUAAAUGUAAGUAUAAUAAUAUAUGAAUUAUAUAUAUAAGAAUUAAGUAAUGUAAAAAGUAUUAAAUUAGAAUUAUGAAGAUACUCUUACUGAACUUAGGUAGGUACUCGUAUAUAUUAUUAUUUAAAUAAUAAUACAGUACACUUUUCAGUGAGUCCUUACUUUUGUAAAUUGUAUAUAUUUUGGAAUCUUUAUACCGUGAAGUACGAACGUUAUAAUAAUAUAAUAUUUGACAUAAGCCUCGCCGAUAACCUUCUCAAACUUAUAACUAUUCAUUUUUGUUAAUAUAUCGGACCUUGAUCACAUAGUAUAAGGCUUUUACUCGCAAACCGAAUAACUGUCACCGCGGUGUCCCAUGAUAUCGAACAAAAUAAACAUAAAUACUAAUAUUUUUUUAAAUGAUUGUUCGAAAUAAAUACGUUACAAAACUUUCCACUGCUGCAGACGAUUUCAUGUAGUUAGCUAUAUGUUACAUGUAAUUGGCUCAUAAACCUUGGAAGGGCUUGAAUCCUAUCAUAAUAUUAAAUAAAUACAGUGGCGCAACCAAGGGAGCAUUAAAAAAAAAAUAUAAGAGAAUUUAAGAUUCCUUUAAUUUAAGACCUCCGGGGAGGAGGGAUUAAGUUUCACUAGCCCCCUUUAAUGCAUAAUUAAUACGAUUUUACGUAAAACACUUCUUUUUAAAAAGAUCUCAUAUAUAUAUAAUAUAUUUCAUAUUAUAAUAAUAACAAUCAUAUAAAAUAUUGUAAAUUUGAGAGCCCUAAAAAACGACAUACAAACUUUGUUUGUUUUGACAUUUUAAGAAUUAAUAACUCUAAAAUAGUAUAUUACCAUUAUCUUUUUGUCACCCUUAUUUUUAGGAGGGGGCCAAACAACAUUUUAGAGUUGUUUGUUUCUUAAAUCAUCAAAACUAAAUUCCGAAAAAAAUGAAUACUUUCCGAGAUAUCGCAAUGAGUAUAUCUUCGUGGAAUACUCUAGUACCCUACAUAAUAUUAUAUUAUAAUUAAUAGUCAAUAUUUGUCGUACUUGAAAUGCAUAUAUUAUAUAUAAUAUGUGUUGCAUAAUGCAGUCGUCUGAUGUAAAGAUUAAGCAUAUAUAACAACUUUGAUUCCCACAUUAAUUUUAUUAUUAAGUUUAUCGUUGCAAUUCACUGUUUACUCCUGUUUAACCUAACAUAUUAUGUAUGCAGGUACUGAUUAAUAUAUUAAUAUAUAAUUGCUUAUUAUAUACUGCAAUGUAAAUGUAAUAUUAGCUAAUAUUAUAUUGUAUAUAGACGAAUAAAUAAUAUAUGACACACCUUAAUGACCUUUAAAAUAUAUUAUAGGUAGAUAUGAUUUAUAUAAAUUACAGUAUUAUUAUAUCAUGCGGUGUGCUAGACUGUAUGCUAAAAUAAAAAUAGAUUAUUAAGUAACAAAUUAACGAAGAUAUUCUAAAGGUUCAAAUUAUUAUGAUAUGUGAUAUUUUUGAUAGAUGACAAUGGUACUCGUAUUCUUGAAAUAAAAAUCUUUAUAGUGCAAUUGUGUUUGACCCAAAUAAUUUUUAUAAUAAAAUGUAAUUUAAAAAUCAUUUGAUUUAAUAGGUAAUCAUAACGGUCUAUUAGUUUGAGAGUAGGUGGUUAGAAGACUAUCCAAAAUCCUUGAAAUCCAACAUUAAAAUAAAACAUUUUUUUUUUUUUUUGAUGAUAAUAGUUUAUAUUUGAGUAGAGAAACUUUUGAAUUCAUGUACAUAAUAUUAACAGGAUACGAUAAGAACAUGCAGAUGACCGUGGUUUUUUUUGUUGUACUGGAACUCUGAAAUAUAUGUUUUAUUUAUAAAAUAAAGAGGGACAUUCUAUUUCAUCAGGUAGGGUAUUAGAUGUAUAAAUAAAAAUAGAUAAAUUGGCACACCUAUAUUAUAAUCUACCACAACCGACUAUAUUUAAAUUGAAGGAUUGCGGGUUGGCGGGGAUAAUCACCGUGGGAAUUAUGUUUAACUUUUUAUCAAAUGUUUUAAAUUUAAUAUUGUGAAAAAAAUCAAAUUAAGAUGAUCUCUUGAUUUUGAUUACCCAAAAAGAGUUUACAAGAAUCAUCAUGUCCCUAAAUCGAAAGAGAUUAGUAUAUAUUAUUGUAAAUUGUAAUUUUUUGUAAUAAAAUAGGUACUUACAAUACAUUUUUUUAAAACUGUAUUUUUAACUUUUUUACGAUUUCAAUUUCUCUUGUUUUUUCUACAUUGUAUAUAGGCAUUUUUACUAUUAUAUAAUCUAUAAACUGUACCAUACAAAAAGUAUAUCAUAGUUUUAUUAUAUACAUGUGAUCAUCCUAUAUUAUACCUGUUAUUCACUAGCUUUCAUCCCACCUUAAAAUGUAUAAAUUAUACAUUUCUAUAUAUAUUCAAUGUAAUAUAGAGUAUUGGAAGUAUAAUUUUCUGUUAAAUAGUUAUUAUUAAUUCACAAUAAAAGUGUUGCAGGUUAUACAUACAAUUCACUAUAUAGUUAAUGUUAGUCUUAGUAGAUUAAAAAUAUAUGAACCAUGUAUUAGAUAUUAGUUCUGGUAUAGUAUCGAUAUUAUUUCAAAAAAAUCAAUUAUUAUACCUAUUUCAGAAAAAAAUAAUUUUAAAAUGUUGAAAUAAAUAAAUUAUUAUUUACUGGUUGAUUGUUACAUUAUUGUGUAAUGUUAUAAUACUAGUUAUCGGUGUGUCUGAUUACUAAAAAUGUGCAAUUACUCGUAAAAAAUCGUUUGUGUCGUUUAUAGUUAGUAUUUGAAUAUGUUUUUAUUUUUAGUCAUAAAAUACAAAAUUAUAUUUGUUUAUUGCACCAAAAAAGUUUAAUAUUGUAGUUAUUAAUUUAAAAUUUGUUUUUGUUUUUUUACAGUUUCAUUAGCUGGAAUGAGGAUAAAAAUAUAUGCGGCCAUUUUGCUGGUCGUCACUCUUCCAUACGUCUUGUCUCAGGUACAUUACACUUUAUUUAUCAUUUUUACUUUACUGUACUUAUCAUUAUAGUCAUUGCUCAUUAGUCAUUACUCAUAACUAUUAAAAUAUAGUUUAUAAUAAAAAAAAAUCUAUAUUCCAUCUUGUGGAAACACAAUUUUAUUUUACUGUUACAUCAACAGGCCUAUAUUAUUUCAGUUACCUAAGGAUAUAAUAAUGAUAAUUCUGUUGACAAUUUCAUUAUUUUCUACCUAUUCAAUGUAUAAUAUAUAAUAAUCUACAAUCUCAGACACUGUGGUUCGUGGUUACGUUUAUACGUUCACUUCAAAUUAAGCGUAAUGAUGUAACACGUUUUUAUAUUAUACUCUUUAUUCGCGUCUUUUAUUAUAAGACCAAAAAAUUAAAAUGAAUCAAAAGAUAUAUAAUAUACAAGGGGAAAGUGUGGCAGUUGGCAUAUUAUAGGAUACCUAACGAAUUUUUAUAUCAUAAACUUAACUCAAUCCUACCUAUAAAUCUUGCACGGUUUAUCAUCGAGAAAUAACGUAACUACAAAUAAAUCCACAAUUAUAACAAAAUAAACUUGUAUUGCUUAAAACUUUUAAACGAACAAAAAAUUACAUUAAUUUUCUAAAAUAAAUAUAUUUAUUUUGUUGUAAAGUAAACUGGUCGUUGUCAAAAAUAAUUUUGGUGCUCUAUGUACUUUUAGUAUUCAAAUUAUAACACGAAAUUGACCACAUCAUUUUAACCACAUUUUCAUUUCUAUAAAACAAUUAUAGAAAAUGGAGGAAGUAUAUAAAACUAAGAUAUUAUAUUAAAUAUUUAAUUCAUAAUUAGAAAGGUUUCAAUAUUAUGUAUCCAUAUUGCGUAAACUAUAAUAUUUAGUCAAAUAUUUAAUACUCUUUUUCCGGUAUCCUUGUAAAUUAAUAAGUUUUAAAAUUAUAUUAUUAACCCUACGAUUUUAUUGUAAUUUUUUGAAAUUUUAGGUUAAAUAAACAUAUUUCGGGAGACAGCAUGAUGGGUACCUACUUAAACCGAAUAGUUCUAUGAAGGUAUAGUUAUAGAUUAUCUAUACGUGAAAACGAAUCUUUGGCCCAAAAAAAGUCGACUAGGAGGAGGAAUUAUCCCCCAAAAACUCAUUCAAGCCCCUCAAGUCCUUAUGAAGUUAAUAUUAAGUAUAUAUAAUCAAUAUUAUGGGGACUUAAACCUCUCAAAUAUUAUAGAUAUAUGCGUCUACAUACACACUAAAAAACAAAUUCACAUUUCAGUACUAUUAAUUUGAAGUUUCAGUGUCUAUGUGGCUAUAUAAUAUACAUAUAUGUGUUAUAAAUAUUUACACAUAGGUACUCUGUGAAAGUGGCACGCAUACAUCACGAUAGUAGAAUAAUAUUUUUACGAUAACACCUUAUAAUAUUUCUCGAGGGAAUUUUUAACUGUUGUGGUAAUGUGGUCGAACAACUUAUACGCGUGUAGCUCUCCAGUUACCUGCACCAGCUGCACAACCGAUGUAUAGCCGAUGUACUAACGAUUAUGUAAAAACAAUUUUUACCUACCUUCCAUGUAUACAAAGUUGCGUCAUUGAAAUAAGUUAUGAAACUUUUUAUUGAAACCAUUAAAACUUUUAAAAUGUUUCUACAUGAUAUAAUAUGGACCAGUAACGUUCGAUUACAUACGACUCUAUAAAUCGUAUAAAUCGUACACCCUGACACAUAUAUUAUAUGAAAAUAUAAAAUGUCCAUAUAAUUUAUAGAACUAAAUUUAAUAAUAAGUUUAAUUUCUUGUAUCUAUAUAAGUUAAAUACCCAAUCAAAAUAAAAUUGAAAUCAUAAUUUUGUUAUUUUAUCAAAAAAAUAAUACAAAUUUAUUUUUGGUCAAUGGCCACUGCAGUUACAGACAGGCUUCUAUUAUUAAACAAAAAUAAAUACAAUACAUAGACAAUAUGAUUUUCUGAGUAGGUAUUACAAUUAUUAUUUUGACGUAAAAAUUCUGUAACAACAAAGUAUAAUAUAAUGUUUUAUGUUGAGUCUAUCAUAUUGUGUAUGUUUUAAUUUUAAUUGAAUUUAUUUCUUGAAUACCUUUUGGUGGUUCUUAUUAAAUUGAAUAUUUGAAAGGUACGAAAAAAUCGAUAAACAAACUACACAGUAGCUACCUAUCUAUAUCUAUUCCCAGUUAUACUAUAAUAAUACGAUAACAAUAACAUAGCUUAAUUAAGGACGUUCUUUGAACUUCCCAACUUAACUCUAUUCAAAUUAAUAAUAUAUAUAUAAGAAAUCAAUCUCUAAACAAUAAAAAAAAUCAAUAUGAAAAAGUGUAAAAAAUAUAAAUAUAAAUAAAAUAAAAUAUAUAAUAGUUACGAUAAUAAUGUUUCACGAAACAGAAUUUCUUCAUUUUUAGUUUCUAUAUAUUAAAAUAAAUUCAUAAUACACAUUUCGUAUACUUAUAUAUAAAAAUAGUUGAGACUUAACCAUGAGUAUGCAGGUAGGUAUAAAAGUUAUGUUAUAAAGGUGUGUAAACUCCCAUAACUAAUUAUUAUAGUAACAACAAGUAUUUUCAAUGGUAUUUUUCUUACACGCCGUGGCCUUGACUCUUUGACCAGGUUGGCGAAUGUAAGGCGGUUAUUUUAAUAAUAAUAUUAUCGUGAUGUUUUUGGAUUUUAAAAAAAUAUUUAAGAAUAAUUCUUAUAGUAUAAUUAUACAUGUUCACACUAUUUUAUCGACGUUUAUAAUAUACAGUUAUAAUAUGUAAUAUUAAAUCAGUAAUCAUUUUCUACUUACCUAAUUAAAAUUUAUAUUAUUAUACUUUUAGUAGCGCAUAGACUAUGGGUGGUUAUCAAGUAAUGCAACUGCGUGCGUGUUCUAGAGGGGAUUGGUAUAAAUUAUCACUGGCGUAUUGGUGUCACAGAGCAUCUUAAAAAUACUUAAAAAGAAAAAUUGUGUGGGUGAAUGCUGGAUACAUUUGUUAACUCCGUAAACUCUCAAAAUUCCUCCAUGCACCACUGUCUACUUUGGACUAUUUUAUUGACCAAUGUUUAUUACUUAAUAGUUAUUCUGCACGGUUUUUCCCGUGUCAGUAGAACGAAAAACAAAAUGAAAAAAUAAAAACAUGUUACUCCGUGAUUCUCUGUUUCAAUCUUCUUUACUAUCACUGCAGUUAAACGUUGUAGUCUGCCAAUUUAAAAAAAAAAAUACAUUUUUAUUUCGUUCUUCAGCCUUUAAAAGUUAAAUAUUGAGUAAAUCCUUUCUUAGUAGGUUAACUUCCAAGAUCCUCUCCUAUUUACGCUUAUGCUAUAAAUCCUCCCGAGUCUCAAGCAAUGCGUGUGCAAAAUUUGGUGCCAAUUGGUUCAGGGUUUUUUGAGUUUAUAAAUCACGUACAAAUUUUAUUUUAGAUUCUGAGCGUAUCGAGCUAUUGGUUUUACUAAAAUGUUAAUUUUUUUUUUCUUUGUUUUAGUCUGUGGACGCGUUAUUUUCUAGUAAACUUGCUUCAAUUUUUACAUGUAGCAACUUUCCUGAAAGUUCAAGUUAUCCAGAUGGUAUUUUAAAGAGGUUAUUUUUUGAUUUUCUUAAAUGGGAAAAAAAGUAGGAAAACGUACAGUUUCACGAUUUCAUUAUUUUAUAAAAACAGGGACCACGUUUUCUACCAAAAAAAAAAAAUGAUUUAAUCGAAACAUCGCAUGAGACAUUUUUGUUGCCUUUUUAAUUUACUUUUUUAUGGUAUUAUCGCCAAAACUAUUUUCAUAGGUUUAUAUAAUUAUGAAUUUAUAAUUUGAGUAUAAUUAAAAAGUUAGACAGAUAGGCAAAUCGUUAUGAACGCUACCUCCUCAUACCUCGGAGAUUCAUUAUCCUGUCAUGGGUGAAAAAAAAAAUAGGAUGUAUUAUAAUGUAUUAUUGAUGAAUGUUAUUGUUGGAGAAACAUCAAGUGAUUAGUGAACAAACGGUUCACUUGAAAUAAGUAAACUAUAAUCCAUAUGUUGGCUUUAAAGACUCUAAACAGGGUUUCACACUAUAGUAUACAAUGAAGGUACUACAAUGCCGUUUUAAGAAUCAUUGAGUUAAAUGAUUUUUAAAAAAAAAGUUUAUUUUUUGUUAAAACAAAUUUUCUUUUUCAGAAUAAUAUUAUCUAGGUACGUGUUACAUGUACCAUAUCUAUAUUCAAUACAAAUCAUUUAUUUAAUUGGAUUUAUUAUUACCGAGUGAUUUUCUUGUUUAUAAUAUACAAUUUUUCUGUUUUACAAUCAUCAUUGGGUUCAAUUUAUUAUUCUUCACCAUCGUGUUUAAGCACAGAAUAUAUAAUAAUUGUAUGUUUCCGUAAGACCGUAUUUGGCGCGUGAAUUUCUGCGUUUCUAAUGGCCUUAAUGAUUUUAUAAAAAAUAAAAAUAAAAAAACAGUAGAGGUAUAGGUAUAGGCAGGUAAGUAAGUACAAGACAAACAAAUUUAAUAGAUCUACGAUUUCUUACAAUUAAAAAAAAAAAACCUCUAAUAAAUGUAUAAUAUGUAUACGGUACAGCAUAUUAUUUUUUUUACGACUGACAUAAAUUUAUAUGUGUUGUACGGGAAUCAAUGUUAAUUUUAUUUUACUUUGAAUUAGUCCAAGGUUUUUAUUCGAUAUUACAUGUAGAUACUCACAUUGUGGUUUUUAAUACAUUUUAAAACGAAUAUUAUACAUUUUUUUUAUCGUUUUGCAUAUAAAAAAUUAAAAUAUAAUAUACGUGAGUUAUAUUUGAUAAAAAAUCGACAUAUUAUAUCUGUUGCAUAUAUACAUAUUUUCCUCGGAAUUAAAAAUUAUUUUAUGAAAAUUAUAGACGUUAAAAUGAAACGACCUUUCGUUCGUUGGGUAAUUUAUAAAAAAAAACCCGUUCGAUUCCAACACUUUAAACUUUAAACAUCAGUAAAUUAUAUACCUACGUAAUUCAUUACUCAAUUUUUCUGUAUAAAACAUUUGCAUACGUGUUUUUGUAAUGAUAGAUUAUUUGUGGAUAUUUUCUUUUGUCCCUUGAAAUGACAUGGUAGUACUCAUGUGGUACCCAUAUGCUGUGUCCGUCGUAAAAAUAACGUACGCGAGCUAAUUUGUGUUCUGCAGCGACGACUUAGUGCCGUUAUUUUUUUUCACAACAUUUUGUCUCGUGCAUAAUAAUAUAGCAACAAAGGCAUUUCAUAUUUCCACGAUGGUGAAUCUCUGAUUGAAUUUAGGGUAAAGAGACCUAUUAUACAUUUUAUUAUAAACAAGACUUUACAAGAUGACUUCGACCGAAUGAUUUUUUUAUUACAGCCAAGUUGUGUAGAGAGUACUAGAGACCCAUUAAAUAAUUAUUUUAUAUUUUAAUAUUUUUUUUAUGGAUAAUUGUGUUUUAUUUUUCUAAAGCGGUUACAAUCAAUUAAAACCAUAAUAUAUAGGCAGGUAUAGUCAUUAUUAAAAUUCAAGUGCCCGCAUUCCAUUUUCGUUACAGCCAGUCGCAAUGUAAUACGAGUACAAUGUGUAUAAUAUACCCUACUAUUAUACAUUAUGCCGCGUUGGUUUCAUUGAUAAUACAUUUUUACGCACUAUUUAGGCCACCUCGCCAAUCUCAUAUGGCCAAUGGCCAUAAAGCGGUCGGUUAUGGAGAAUUAUAAAGUAUUUCAUAAAAAUAUCGUCUGCCGAACUGCUAACGAACAGUUAACCUACUUCAUAUACUGUAUAGGUACCAUUUCGUAGAGAUGCCGCAUCGUAAAAAUAACAAUCCACAAAAUAUAGGUAUAGGUAUAUUAUAAGAUAUCAUUAUUUUCUAUAUGUAACUAUUCGUUAUUCGACCUUCGUAGCAAAUCGAGUUAUUUGCCCAAUGGAAAUAUGUCGCCAGAAUAAGCGUUACUGAUCGAUCGUAAAUAUUAUAUACAUUACAAUAAUAACAACAAUCCACGGUAAUAACUUUGAAAAAUCGAAUAUAAGAUGGACCGGCAAUUUAUAUAAUAAUACUAUGAUGGUUUAUCUCUGGAGAUGAACUGUAUAUAUUAUAUAUUAUUAUUAUUACUAGGUAUUCGAUUAAUUUAUUUUAGGACUUAGGUUUAAUUUUGUUCAGGAAACACUAUAAUAAUGUAACAUAAUAUCCUCUACAUUAAAAUUAAGGUAUAACUCAUUACUGUUAAUUUGUGUUAAUUAUUUAAUAAUAAUAAUCGUACAAAGUUUGUUUUCAUACUGUAUUUCUGUACUAUGAAUUUUUUAAAGUAAUAUAGCACAAACAUUAUUUUUAAAUACCCCGUAACCAAGAUUCAGACUGCAUCAAAAUCACGUUUAACCAAAACCGGACCGAACUGAAUCAGCAGUAGGUAAUGUGGUUUUCAGUGGUACCGAGCCGAAUUAAAUUACGUACCUACUUAUUCUACUGAAUUGUGAACACUCAUAACCGAGUCUUAAGUUUAUAUGUUAUUCUAUAAAUAGAACCUGACCGCAAUUCGAUCUGGUCUGAACUGAACACGCAGACCGAACCAAAUAUUAUGUAUUUUUGAGCUCUAGCCUUGAAAUUGAGAUAAAAAUAUAUCCAUAAAUGAUAAAUAUAAUAUGUCUUUCGGCAUUUCUAAUUUUUUGAUUCAAAUUUCUGAAAAAAGUUCAUAACAAUCCUUGCAUUUUCUUUCCGAUGUCUAUAAAUUAAUAUUUAUUUAUUAGCAUUUCAUAUGUUAUAAGUUAUAUGUAAUAAUAUACAUAUUAAACAAAAACGGGUUGGUACUUUUGUUAAUUGUAAGUGCUCUUAAAAUAAUUCCUCUAUGUGCUACUGAUCCAAAGUACACGAUAAUAAUAUCUAUCUGCAUACUACGAGUGGCCAUUCUUUAUUGUAAUCAAUCAUUGUUAUAGGAUUUUACUGAUUGUCAAGAUUAAUUAUUUUGAAAAACGUUUUAUCCGAAAGGUUUACUACUAUUAAAUUUUUAAUUAAGAAUUGUAACCAUUAUAAUAUUAGAUAUUAUAUUAUGCCCUCGAGCCCACCCGGGAUUGUAAUAUCAACGAGUCGAUUAUAAUUAUUUUUAUUACUAUAGUGAUAAAUACUCUCUCAUAGGUAGAGAACCUAUACAUGAAAUUGACAUGAACGCUAUCAAGACAACUAUAAUUAUUAACAAUUUAUCAUUAGAUGUUUAUCCUGCUGUGUUGCACAGUAUUUCGAGUAUUGGCCGGCAUCGUUUGAAAAUAUAUAAGUAUUUCAGUAUAUCUUAAACGUAUUAGUGCCAUAGUUAUCUACGUAGAUUAAUAAUUACAGAUAAUUGUGAUUAGUAUUAAUAUUAAUAUUAAAUACUUAAUAUAGUUUAUACAUUUUUUGAUAUACUUAUAAGUUAUUAAUUCACUUGUUUUCAACAAUCCGGUAUGGUCUAGUGGCUAGGAUACCUGGCUUUCACCCAGGAGGCUCGGGUUCGAUUCCCGGUACCGGAAUAAAUUUUUUUCCUAAUUUGAAUUUUUUUUUUAUUUUUUUCAGAUUCAAACUCCUGGAACAGGCCUAUUUUCUUGUCCAUCAGGUAAGAUUACUUUUUAUACUAUUGUGUAAUCAAAGAAUCAUAUAUAAUCAUAUUAUUAUAAUUAUUUUGACGAUGUUAUGAAAUUUGAUUGUUAUUGCGUAUUUUUAAGAUUUUACAUAGGUAUCAUGCCUAAAAAAUCUAAAAUUAUAAUUUGUUAUGAAUUUUAUACCUAUACUUUCACGUUUGUUCCAGUUACUAUACUGUUUUUAUAUUACAAUAUUAUUAUAUAAUAACACGUUUUCGAUUGAAGUAAUUAUACGCGUAAUGACUUCAAUAGUAUACAAUUAUUCUAAACUUUUCAUCCGCAUUUAUACUUGUAUAAUUGUAUUUCUAUAACUAUUGCAGACUGCAGUAAUACGCGUGUACCAACAAAGUAGUUACAUACCUAGAUCAUUAUUAUUCAGAUAUAUGUUUUACUAUUUUUCCUGGUAAAAUUAAAAACUUACGGAAAAGUCUUAUUGAUGCGUUACAGUGAAAACGAGAAGGAAAGAAAUUACUGGCUUCUGAGAUUCUGACGAUUGAAAUCUUCUUUCUCUUCGCGUUUACCUUACGAAAUACGUGUAAUAGUAAACUCUUAUUUUUUCUUCCAAAUUGUCCUAUCCCCAUCGUCAUUUUUUUCAUCCAGUUCCUCGUGUCCUCGUAUCUCCCCUUAAUCCUUUUAAUUAACCUCUAGCCACUUUAUUUGACGCAUCUCUUCCCCGGCUUCCCAUCUAUACUACACGGAUCUCUUCUUGACUAUUUAUCUUGGGUCGUUUACUCAACAUGACUAUCUCGUUUUUCCUGCUAUAAGCGUUUCUCUUAGACUAAGAACUUUUACCACACUUGGCCACCACACCACAUAUCCUGCAAUAAUUAACAAUCGUUUAAUUCCCACUACUCCCGGUUUUACGACAGGUUAUUUUAUUCAACGCCAGACCCGUAUAUUAAUAUUGAAUUAUUGUUAUUUCACUCGCACAGAGUAAUAAUACCUAAAGCUGAUACUAUAUUACACGGUCUCUGCCGGUUAUUGUUUUAUAACGAUUACACAUUCGUCUUUAAACCUGCGGGUGUAUAUCGCGGCCGCGGCGUGUUUGUUUUUAUAAAUCGUUUUUAAGCACAUUUAUCUUUUUAACGAUCACGUAUGUUUCGAAAAACCGUGCCUAUACGGCUAUAAUACUCGUAUACUUUUAUACUUUUUAUUAUUUUCCUAAACGCAUUCCACGUGUCAAUCGGUUGUUCGUCUCUCCGGUGGGCGGCGGGCGGCGAGUAUACACCUCGUAUAUACCUAUACAUAUACACAUAUACACCUAUACACACCGACCCGACCAUGUUAGCGGUUAAGUAUAGUAUACCUAUAUGUGGCAAGUAUACCUAUAUAAGUAUGGUAUAAGGUAGUUAAUGGAAUGGAACUAUGUACCGCAGCGACAGCAGUAUGUGUGUAAUAAAAUAAUAUUAUAUACGGACGGACAACGUCCUCCCGCGGUUCGCGCGUUCAACAACAACAACAACAAUAGUAAUUACGGUUACGGGCGGGCGGUAAGUAGGGAAAAAACCAAAUUAAUUUUCACGUGUGCGUGUUUUUUUUUUGUUUUUUUUUUUUUCAAAUAAAGAACCCGCGCGUGGUCCGCCGUCUAUUGUAUUAUUUACUUAUAGGUGUAGGUAUAAUGUCAUAGGCGUCAAACUAACGUCUAGAAAGAAAAAGAAACAAAUGAAGAAUAUGCGGCGGCGGCGGCAAAUAAGGGCUGUUGUUGUUGCAUACGGGUCCGGACACCGGUCCGAAGGCCGCGGUGUCGUCUCGCGCGGUUGUGUCGGUUCAAAGCGAUACACGCGUAGCGGUCUUUGCUUGCCGAUCUCAAAUACACACAAACACACACACAAAAAUACAUACAAACACACACACACACAUAUAUAUGAUGUAUAUGAUAUACACAAUGACCGGAUAUACACGAGCGGCGGCGCGGUCACACGAUGAAACAAUAACGUCCAUCCUAGACGACGAUGACUGUACCGUCUCGACCGAUAAAUACGAUUGUUGUUAACGAUAUAUUAUUAUAGUUGAAAAACAAAUUCUGUUAACGGUUACCAUAGAUACCAGCCAUUGACCGCAGGGAUGUAUUAAUUAUAAAGGGUAUAGAGAGCAUUGGCAUCGGGUGCCACAUUUCAAAGAGACGUAAGAUACGGUAAAAUAGUAUAGUUUUUUUUUUUUUUUUUUUAAAUAUUCCCAUAUUAAAGUUUACAUCCAAUUAGCCAGGGCCUGAAACAGCGUGUUUUCGAGCAUUAAAUGCUCAGUACGAAAUGUGCUAAAUUGUGCAGCUCAAGAUUCCAGUAUAUGUUGUAAACAAAUAUUCUUAUGAAAUGGCGAUAAAAAAAAACAGUGUCCGAGGUCACUAACCAGUGCAAACGUCUCUAGUCAACUAUGGUUUUUACAGAUUCCCGUAGACACGCGGACACGUAUAUUUACUAUUUACCUGUAAAUUUGCCGUUAGGGAAAAAUAGUUUUAGUUGUUAAUAAUUUAAGUAUAUCACAUUAAUACCUAUGAAGUUUUAUAUUAUAAAAAAGACUAAAGACAAAUUUUCUCCUAAACUUACCUGAGUAGGACAAAUGGACUGUUUUUAAUAAUUAAGUCGGUUAACGAUUUAAAUAACGAAAUUUAAUUAAACAAAAAAAAAAAAAUAUGGGUUGCAGAUUUUUUCCUCUAGGGAUUUUUAUUCCGAAUACCCCGCAAUAAACACGUGGAAAAGUUAUUUCCCUUGCGAUUUUAUAUACUUUAAGAGUGUUACUCUUAUUAUAUUAUAAUAUUUUCACGCGUAUAAAAAUAUAAUAUUUCGUUUACAUUCAUCAACCUAUUAUUGUUGUAAUAAAGAACGAUGAAUUAUUGUUAUUAUAAUUUUUUUUCUCACGUCGUAAAAUAUUAUAAUAGUGUCGCGUCAGACGAUUAAAAUACUCGUCUGGGUGGCCGUCGCGGUUCCGUAUUCGGGCCACUUAAAUUAUUUCCAGUAGACUUUUUAGGUCAUUCUGUAACUAUGAUUUUUUUUUAUUUAUUUUUUUAUAAAAAUAUAAAUAUAUUUUUUUUUUUUGCAAACUUUGGCAUUUGUGCGAAACCCGUACAUCCAUUUUUUUUCUACACGAGGCGAAAAUUCUGAAGGCGAUCGUUUUUUUUCCAUUUUUUUUUUUUUUGUUUUGGCUGAACGUGACCACUUACAAAACAAAACCAUUAUCCGUGGCAUACCCCUAUAUAAUAGGUGUACAACGCGUUUUUUUUCUUUCGCUUGUUUCGUCAGUUUUCAAAAAAAUCGCACACCGAAUCCAUUGCGGUUUUCUCAAUAGGUAGGUUCACGUUAUUAUUAUAAUACGACACGACGACUCAUAAUUUACUGCACACUUUUCAUGUGUUUAGACGAUAAUAUAAAUAUUAAUCACGAAUUAUCGAAUAUUCGUAUAAUUUGUUAUUAGUUACCGGAUUUUUAUGUAGUUAUUAUGCUUUUAUAAUGAGACUAAAUUAUGCGACUGUAAUUGAUCGAGCUUUCUCGAUGAAUAAUUGACAUGAAAAUAAACUUAUACAUUCAAAAGUGUUUAAUACAUAUAAAAAGCGCAAAAUAUUGAGAUUUUAAGAAAUUUUACAAAACAAAUGUAUUAUAAUGGUUGAUUUCUAAAAAAAUACAAACAAAUUUCGAUCUUCAUUGCGUUCGAUUACGAAGCUUGUGUUUUGAAUAAAUAAAUUUCACAGUUAGACCUCUACUUUACUACUUUGAAUACAUCUUCGAUCCCGAGGAUUUGAUGUUUUAUCUAAUAUAAAUUUUUUUAUUUUUAUUUUUUGGUCUUAAGUGUGUGUAGUGUAUUAUUGUAUUAGUAUUUAGGUACAAGUGUAUGUAUUUUCAAAAUUUGAUGUUCUUGAAUUGACUAUACAAAAUUGUCUUAAGCAUUUUUUUAGUAUUUUAUAGUUUUGUUUUUUGAUGAAACAUCAAAAUGCUUAGGAAAAAAAAUAUUUCAAUAAAAUUAUAGUGCAUGAAAACACACAUUUUAUCCUUAACAUUUUAAACGCAUACAAAUCCGGUCUCUAGACUCAGAACAAUAAUACUAUAUUAUUCAGAUAAUACAAUUAUUAUGUAUGCGCGACGAUUCUCGUAGUUUUGCCUAGUGUAUUAAACUCCUUCGACCGACGAAAACGAUGUGGAAUUGACGGUUCUCUUUGAUUCGUGACAGGUAUAAUAAUAUUAUUGUAAUAUGGGUACCUUACCUAUCGAUUACCUAUCGCUGCCGCGCCGGUCUUUCGGUCCAAAACGUUUGUGCAAAUUAAAACGUGACUGUCGAUUGCAUCGCAACUAUAACUUAUAAGUAAUAUAAUACCUGUAUUACCUAUAACAACAAUACUCGACUAUUAUAUUAUACGAAUCGAUUUUUCGAGACGUGAUGAGUAGAUAUAUAAUAUAUAUAUAGUAUUACUGUAAUAAUAAAUAAUAUAUAUCAUCAUUAUUUUAUAACGAUCCGUGCCUUGAAAUGUUAUGAUAAAAAUAUAAUAUACAGUUACUUAUACUCGUAUGGUAUGGGCGUUAUGACUAAUGUACAAAAUUAGUUAAUGUCAUAUGAUCGUUCAGUAGAACCGAUUUUGUGUCAUUUAAUUUUAAUAUUAUAGUGACUCAAACUUACAAAUAAGAACAUUGUCUAUGUUUGUACGUUAAGUUUUUUCAAUAUUUUAAUUUUUUAACGAGAUAUGUGAAAUAUAACAAUUUAAAAAUGUCUGUAUUCUCCCUUGAAAAUUAAAAUAUUGAAAAAAAAUCAAAGUUCAAACAUAAUGUCCUUACUUUUAAUUUUGAUGAUAGGCCAAUAACACUCAUCUAAUAUAUUAAAACUAAAUGGCAUAAAAUCAGUUAUACUGAACGAUCAUUCGAUAUUAUCCAAUUUUCAACAUAAGCUGUACUAAAUAUUAUAAACAAUAAAAGUCGGAAACAGCUAUUAUUAUACCUAUUAUUGUAUCGAUGCACGAAAGCUUCAAAAAUAUCAUAGUGAACAUUAUAUUAUGUAUCACAUUCGAUUUUUAUUGAUUAAGUGAAUAAUACGAGCAUAUAAUAGACAAUAUUGUUAAAUAGUUAUAUAUUUAUAUAUAAAGACGCUGUUAGUUAAUAAUCAACUUAUUGGUUUUAUACUAUAUGCGACGUAACUAUAAGUAAAGUUUUUCAAAUUACUAUUUCGAUUAGUAAAAAUAUUCCCAAACUCUUUACCAUACAUGAUAAAAAAGCGGAUUUCUUGCGGUAGUUUUUCUAAAAAUAAAUAAAUCGUAUAAAAAAAUUCAAAACCGCACACAUGACGAUAGUGUGCCCAGAUUUUUUUUCAGAUCAUAUAAUAUAGUUGUAUUGAUAUUUUCAAAUAAUAAGUCUUCAGACCAUCAUAUACCUGUAAAUCGUUUAUCAAUCUCAGUUAAAUGGUCACACAGUAUAAUAUUGUCUUUCCGUUAAAAAAAUUAUACCAUUCGGUAGGUAUUUAUUACUCAAAUUACCUCCCACGUCUGAUUAUUGGUUAGGUGGGCGAUCAUUUUAUAUACCUACUCAAAUAUUGUCCACAAAUACGUAGGAUUUAAUGUAACCUAAUAUCGAUUGUUGAUAAUCGGUUUUAUACUAAUACCUAAUACGAUUAUUGUACGUAAAUACAUUUUUGCUUGUAUUAUAAUAUUACCCUAGUAGUGAGUACUGGAUCCAUUAAAAAACUAUAGACAGUAAAUAUCAUGUUAAAACUAACUAUCGAUAUGGAGGUACAUUUUCCCAGCAACGGAUUUUCGUUGUGUUCUCACUGCAAAUCCGGCUCAAAAACAGUGUGCAAAUAAAAUGUGCAAUUGUGAAUUAUUAACGAUUACUGAUUAGUCGAAACCGAGAGCUUCAUCUUUGAAAUAGUAUAUCUUGUAUAGCGAUUUUGGUUAAAAUGUAUAUACGUUUUUAUCAGUGCCGCAUUAAUCUAAAUUGCCGCCUAUUUUGUAUAAAAUAUCUGGAUAUCCUUCUUUGUUAUAAAAAUAAUGCUACUCGAUUUAUUAUUGGUAUUCGUAAAAAUAAUUAAAAAUAAAAAUAGGUUUUAUAUUUUUCAAAUCAUGGUUUGAAAAUUGUUUCAAUAUUCUAAAUCGUUUUCUUUUUUAUAUAAAAAUAAAUGUUGAUGGGUUAGGUUAGGUAUAUUAUCUGCUCCUAGAUAUAAUAUGACGUAUAUAUUUUCGUUUUGUUAUUUUUUUUAAUUUGCUAAUAUUCCUUAAUAAAUUCAUCAUAAUAAAAUUUGUAAUUUGUAUCUAUAAAUCAGUAAUAAUAAUAAUAAUAAUAAACCAAAGUACUUUUAGAAACGUCGUACUUUCUUCGUUUUUAAUGGGUAACUUGCCAAAUACCGAAUACUGCUAUUACAUUUCUAUACGAAAUUUUUCGUUUGGCACGAUGUUAUAUAGGUUAAAUUCAAUUUGAAAAAAAAAUAAAUAUUCUGCUUAGAUAUAAUACCAGUAUUUUAUUGGUCUAUGAUCGUUGCAUUGAUCAUUGUGCACGUAAAUAAUACAGGAUAGCAACGUCAUUUCAUCCAUACAAAAUACAACAUUUUAAAGCCGAAAAAUACAAGUUUUUCUUUAAUUUUUAAAAAUGUAUUCAUAAAUACAGAAUUAAUAGUAGUUACAAUGUACGACAAGAUAAUAAUUAUUUGAACAAGAAAUAUACGGCGGCAGUGUCGCGUCAUGAUGUAUACCCACGUGAAAUAACGUCUGUGUGGGUCAAACAAAACUAUAUUAUAAAUUAAUUUAAACAUGAAAAAAAAAAAAUACCCCGGAGAAAAUGUGUGACCAACAUUAUAUACUCGUUCUUAUUAUAUAUUGCCUGCAGUCGAGUAGAUAUCGGGACAAUAAUUUUGUGUCACAAACGAUACGGAAAAAAGUUAAUCAAUGUAUACAUAGGUACUGCUAUUAGAUAGUAUCGUGAAACUUAUAUAUUAUAUAUAUAGGUACGAUUGUCGUCCUACUUUUUACUUAGAUUUUUUUUUUAUUCUCUAUCUGCGUGUAGUGAUAUACGUUUAAAGUAAAAUAAUUAUAAUAUAAUAAAGAAAAUAAAAAUAAUAACAGUAAACGGAAUAUUGUUAGAAAUUUAUUAUACGAAAUAAAUAACAAUUAUAAUAGUAAAAUAAUGUUUAAAUUGAAAUCGAUCACUAUAUUAAUAAAAAAAAAAUGGUCGUUAUAAAUUGUAUAAAAGGUCUUUAAAGACCAAUGUUGGUAAUACGAGUGUGUGGAUAAAAUAUUAUAAUAUAUUAUUACUAUGGCUAUUAUUAUUAUUAUUGCUCGCAAAAAAACAGUAAAAUAACACACAUCAUAGCAAAACUAGCAUAUUCUUCGCUACGCUCAGAAUCUACAAUACGAAUAGCGGAUUAGUGAUAUGAAUUAAUUUUAUGAAAAAAAUAAAAUAACCGUAUUAGUCAGUCGAACGUAUUAAUCGAGUUAGUUAUAGACAGAUACUAAAAAAAAAUACGUGGCUUAUAAUUUGUUAGAGUUAAAGAGGUUGGAAUCGAAUUUUUGAGUUAUUCAUACAAUAUAUAUAUAUACGUACUUACUAAUAUUUUCUGCUAUUUAUUAACCGUACCUACUACCUAUAAUGGUUUAUGGGUUUUAUUUUUUUUUUUAUUAAUUGCAGUAUAACCUACGCAUUUUACGCGUAUUAGUAUUACUUACAAAUAACAAAAAUAAACUAUCCGUAUCAAAUUGCCGGGGUGCAUUAUUGUGCGCUUGUGCUUGCCUAAAUCUAGAAACCCGAUUACUCAAGUAUAGAUACGGAGAGGACGUGGGCGAAACGGUAUAACGAUUAUUACGACAUAGAUAUUUCCUCGUGCAUAUAGUUUGAACGUUCUAAUUAUCAUAAUAUUAUCGUGUUGUGUUCCGAAUAAAAUAUGAUCUUUUUAGUUUUUGUUGUUUCAAUUAAACAAUUGAUCAAUCAACAAUACCUACUAUAUAUAACCACAAUUAGGUAAAUGCUAGUAGGCCUGCCUAUAGGUAGUAAAUGAAAAUAAUAGUACGGUAAUUAAAUCAGUAUAGAUACAUCACACGCGUAAGUGCAGUAAUAUACAUAUAUAAUAUUACUGCAGACAUGUGUAAAAAAAUAAAAAUGGCUGGGAGUUAUGAGAGAAGAACGCUCUGAAUCGCUAAAAUGUAUUUUGCGGGUCCGUUAUUUAAUUGCAUCACAUUUGCACACACCGUGUAAUCGUAAACAAUUUACGAUUAUAUUAAAUUGUUUUCUAGACAAUGAGUCCGAAGUGCGCAUAAAUUUUAUUAAUAACUGUUCUCCACUUCUCUCUAAUGAAUAAUGAUUAUAACAUAAUGAUCUUUGGUCCCGGAGAAGAAGGGCUUAAGUCAAUUUUGUAUAGUUUUAAAUACAAACAAAUUCAAUUUUGUAAAUUGCUAAAUGGCGUAGUUGAUAAAUGGUCUAACCAAAAUAUAGAGUUCUAAAUGCCUGAAGUCUUAUAAUUAUACAACUUAUGCCAUUUUUGACAAACCAAAAGUACAUAAUAUAGUGAUUUAAGUACAACAUAUUAUGUUAGAAUAUUUAUGCACUUAUGCCAUUUAGAUAAAAAUUUAAGAGAAAAAGUUACAUUAAACAAGUUAAGAAAAAAAAGUUAAAAAUUAACUUCGCCUUUCUUCUUUGCAAUCAAUAUAUAUAUACUAUAAUCUUGAGUAUGGACACAAAUUCAUUCGAAAAAGUGUACCUAGGCCCCAUGGAUAAUUGAUUUUUAUUCUUCUUGGGCCCCAAUAGCAGAUCCAAUACCCAAAUCAAUUCCCAAAAUAUUGUCUAUCUCCUCACCAAAUUAUUAUUAGUUCCCAAUUGCAACUGCCUUCAUUCGCUGAAUUGGUUUACGAUUCGUAUCUUGUUUACUAUGUUUAAUAUUUAUAAUUACAAUUUAACAUUUGAAGUUUGUCAAGUAACUGUUUUUGGCUUUUGUAAUAAUUCGUUGGCCAUAAUACCAUUAUGUUAUUCGUGUUCCUCAAAAUUUAAUUACCUAACUUUAUCAUGUAUACCUACAUGUACAUAUCGGUACUUCUAGGUUGAUAGUAGUUCUACAUAAACCUAAAAAACUAGAAGCGAAAUAUAAUAUAUGGCAUGUGUAAAAUUCAGCUCGUCUGAUCCCAUUUCUUAACGGGAACCAAUUCGGCUAAACAGGAACCGCAAGCCGGUAAGCUUUCUAUUUCGCGUGUACGUAUAUAAGAAAAUUGAACAAAUAGACAACAAAUUGUACGAAAUUACAUAGAACAGGUUCUAUGAUAUUUCGCAUAAACAAUUUAUACUCUUAUAAUUAUAUAGGACAAAUAAAUAAAUAAAUAAAUAUGAAAAAAUAAUUUUCGUACAAGUUGUUAUAGUAAAUUGUACUAGUAGUUGUGCUCUUGUGCAGUCGAAGGUUGCUUUAACGUCAAUUUGAAUUUUUAAAUUUUCCGAGAAAAAAAUAAUCUGAUUUUAGAAUGACUAUUCUUACGGCCAACCAUCGGUCAUUUUAUGCAAGUACGUAAUAUUAUGUUACCUAUAUAUCUACGUAUUACAUUAUAAAGUCUCGGUCCGGCAAAAAAAACGCGCGCGUACACUCAUCCGUGGAUCAUUGGUAGUGUUGUGUAACGUCCUCUCCCCGAGACGGAGAUGCGCAUCGAGUCGUGACGCGCACGAGACUUGGGAACCGACUCGCUCGAUGCCACCGACCGACGACGACGGGGUCUUGGCCUCAGCUUAUUGAUAUUUAUCCGCACCGCCGAAACCGUUUGGGUACAAGAGAAAGCAGCCGUAUUGCACACGUGAAACGAGUACACACACAUACACAUACACACACACAGUGUAGAUAAUAGUACUGCAGAGAAAGAUAGCGAGUGUGUAUGUGUCUAUGUGAGAGAGAAAGAGAAAUAUAGAUAAGACUAUCGUCAGGGAGUGGCAAAAAUGAAAUAUUAUUAUUAUAUCCAUACUCCUGUCUUCCUGGUUUGUGGCCUGCAAAUCAUUCCUUCGGGUCAUCAUUAUACUAUUAUAGUAAUAAUAAUAAUACAUACAGGUAUAUAAUGUAAUCAUAAUCGAACGGACAAUUUGUGUAUGUGUCUGCAGCGUGUGAUGAUGACCUGGAACUCUUGUGGCUCUAUAGAAUUGACAUUACUGUGAUGAUGGUUUUUUUAUUUGAUUUUUUUCUAUAAAAUUACGUCACAAGAGCCAAAACAUUCCAUUAGUAGGGCACACAUUUACUAAAAUCAAAAAUCAUUCACACAAAUUUACAACUAGUUUGCGUACAGAUUUUCCUUCCCACUUAUACAGACUUAAGACUGUCAUUGAAUAUUUUAACUUCUUUGGUGUGGUUAAAAGUGUGCUUUUGGUGCGUUAUAUGCUCCAAAAUAUUUUUAAUUAACAUAAUACUACGGUAAAAAGGGGGGUUGUCAUGAAAGCGGUUAUUUGAGUUUGUUUUUUAUUUUAGUUACUUCAAAGGUUUGGAAUCGGUCGUUAUAAGUUGUUCAUUUAGGUGCAUGUACCUAAUUAUAUUUAAUUAUUUGUAUUAUUUAUUUUCGACAACAGUUACUAACAUUAAUAUUUUAUUGAUUUUAAUUUAAGUUUAGUUUUAAUCAUAAAUUCUUUAUCAUCGGCAAUCAUAUCAUUAUUUGUACGUUUGUAGAUAAAUAAUAAUAUGUACGUACAAACAAAUAGUAUAUUAUUGUGUUAGACAGUGGUUAACUUUAUACUAUUUUAUGCGCAAUCUAGUGGUUUUUUCUUUAAUAUGUUGUACUCAAACGAUAAUAAUUUGUAAUAAUUUGUGCGUAAAUGAGUUUCAGAUUUUAACUAAAUAAUUUUAAAAUAAGCGCAAACUAGUAGUAGCCCCGAUAAUAAUUAUACACUAAUAUAAUAUACUAACUAAUCUAUAUAAUAAUAAAUAGUUGUAUUGAAUAUUUCAAACCAUUUGCUAUAAACAAAUUGUAUAUAAUAUAGAGUACUUAUAGAUUCUCUAUUUAGAUUUAUUGCAUUUUUAUUAAUUAUUAAUUAUGGCACAGAUAGCGACUUAUUGCAUUCUUUAUAUUUUAAUUUUCGAGUAAUAUAACUAUUAAAAUAAUUUGUACGCUGUUAGAUAACGUUCACUGCAAUUAGGCAAUUCGUAUGUCGUGUCCUUGUACUUACUUUGUAAAAGCUCUUCUAAAAUGUAUUCUAACAAUACAAUUUUUAUAUUUUUAUUACGAUGAAAUAAAAAUGAAUUAUCGCACAUUGACGUAUAGAAUACAAUCCACACGCCAUGUUUUUAAACAAUAUAUUAUUAUCAACUUUAAAAUAUUAAUUUUUAAUAGAUAGUAAACACCAACUUGGAUUAUAAUAAAUUAAUUAAUUUGCACAAUAAUAUAUUAGUAUGUAUUAAUACUAAUUGAUUGUAUUUGUAUCGGUUCAAAAUAAAAACAAUUAGACCGUGACCAAUCAAUCUCUAAGUGUUUGUUUUUUCUUAAUGAAAUUACACCUACUUAUAAUAGGAUAUGAUUUUUUUUUUCUAAAUGAAAGCGGCGAUGGUUAAAAAAAUGAUUUUUUUUUUUAAAGGCUAGGCAUAUUAGUUAAGUACUUAUACGUAUAGGUAUAGUCUAUACAUAUAUGUAGUGUCAUUUGAUUGUUUAUCAGAAAAAUUUCACACUCUCCCUUGUGAAAGUAUUAAUAUUUUAUUUGGUCAAUUUGAUUUUCGUUUUUACUUAUAAUUGCAUAAUUUACUCGUAUGUAAAUGUGUAUUUAUUAAUUUGCGUACAUUGGCUUAUAACUGUUAAUAUUUUAAUGUAAAUUAUUCAAGUUUAAUAUUUAUAAUGUAUGAUAUUUGAUUUGAAAAUAUAUAUUAUAUAUGUAUACAUGUAUAUAAUGAAAAAGAAUACCUAUAAUACAUUAAUCAGAACUAUUAUUUGAUUGCUAUUUAAACUACCAAUUGAGUCAAAUUAUUUCUCAAAUUUUUAAUCCUUGUUUUUUUUUUUUUUUGUGACUACUAUAUAAUUUUACACGUACAAUAUAACGCUAAAUAAUAUACAUUAUAUUUUAGGUAUUUUCAUUUCAAUUGUUAAAAAAUAUGAUUUUUGCUACAAUUGUCAUCGUUUAUAUAUCGUUUGUAUUUCGAGUAAAAUUACGAUAAGUACGUCACGUGUUAAAUACAAAAUGGUCUAUACAAACCAUACGUUUUGGAAAACGUCAUCUAGGAUCUGACCUAAAAUCCGAUAGUACCUAUCAUGUGCGAUGACUAGUUUCAAUUUCUAUUACAAACGUACGUGAUUCAUAAAGUUUCACCGAAUGAAAACGAACAAUGUAAAAAAAAAAAAAAUAGCAAAGAAAAAUUUAUAAUAAAUGGAAAGGAAUACUCAAUUCCUGUUUUAUGGAAGUACUCAGCCUAUAGUCCUACAUAUAACGACGUGCCACUCUCCAACUCUUUUUACGAUGAAUGUAUGUCACAUUGAAUAUCAAUCGCGUUCCGUCAUGAUGAAAACUGUAUCGUUUUUUGACUCUAUUUAGAGCCGCGGGGUUUCGGUUUCAAUAGACCGGCACAAAUACAUCAAACCGCAGGUAUCUUUACCCGUGAUACCUAUACCUGCUUAUUUCGUGUUCAAAACCUGUCUAUCUCACGUCUCGAUGGUUUUAUAGAAGCAAAUGGGUGCUUGUAAAUAGAAUUCUAUAGAGGUUAGAAAAUAUUGCAAUACGACAAUAUGGUUUCAGGCAAUUAAUAGUGAAUAUAGAAUUAGAAUAUUCAUUAUAUUUACUAUGAUAUUUGUGUUUCACAUUUUUUUAAAUCAAUGCAAUGUGAUUUAUAUAUUUACUUAUAAUCUAUUAUGAGUGCUUGUACCUGCCUAUAGUUUGAACGAACAAAUAAUUUAUUUGUUGAUUUGUUACAGGAUGGGAACUCAAAGGGCUUCAUUGUUACAAGUUUUUCAGUAUAAAACAUUCAUGGGAAAACGCAGCUCAACUAUGUAAUAGGUAUGAAAUAAUAUAACCAACAACAACAAGAUUUCUUAAAUCAAUCAUGCAAUUUUUUUUUUUUAAUUAUAGAUAUGGAAGUGAUCUAGUACUAAUUGAAUCAUAUACGGAAAAUAACUAUACCGCGUCGUUGGCUAGAAAAAGUUUGGGACCAGCCGAUAGAAAUAAUCAAAAAUAUUGGCUGGGAUUGGCUUCGUUGGACGAUCUUCGAACGAAUACUUUGGAAUAUGCUGGUGGAGUUUUAGUGUCACAAUAUUCCGGUAAAUUUCUGAUACCGAUUGUAAUAAAUUACUUACCGAGAGUUUGAAAUGUAUUAUUUUCUGUCGCUAUAGGAUUUUGGUCAUUAUCUCAACCCGACCCGUCAUCUGGAGAAUGCGUCGACGUGACUGUGACCGAUGAACAACAGUCGUGGGAGUUACAAACGUGCGAAUCUCUAUUACCGUUUUUGUGUCGAUCCAAUGCUUGUCCAACAGGUUAUAUUGUGUUGUACAGUUUAAUUUUAAUGUAAUUUUAUUUUCACGGAAUGGCUUUUGUUAUAAUAUAGGCUCGUUUCACUGUUCAAAUGGCCGUUGUAUCAAUUCAGCAUUUAAAUGUGACAAGCAGAAUGAUUGUGACGAUUGGUCAGACGAACUGGAUUGUGCAUCGAAUUGUCAUUACUAUAUGGCCAACAGCGGCGAUGUAGUUGAGUCUCCAAAUUACCCACAUAAAUAUGAAGCCCUGUCUAAUUGUAAAUGGACACUGGAAGGUCCUCAAGGGCACAAUAUACUAUUACAGGUUAGUAGAAGGAAAUAAAUAAACGAAAUCAACGAAAUUUUUCCAACUAUAUUUAUUUUUUACUUUCAGUUCCAAGAAUUCGAGACAGAGAAAUCGUUCGACACCGUUCAAAUUCUUGUCGGAGGUCGUACUGAAGACAAAGCGGUAAAUUUAGCAACACUUUCUGGAAAAAUGGAUUUAAGCAAUAAAAUGUUUGUGUCGGCUUCGAAUUUUAUGAUAAUUAAAUUUAGUUCGGACGCUUCAGUAGAACGUAAAGGUUUUAGGUAAAUACCAAAAUUAUAAAAUAAAACCUAAUUAAUUUUUUAUCAAUUACAAAUUAUAAUAAUAUUAUGAUAUUUUUUGUAAAGAGCUUCGUGGAAAACAGAACCUCAAAUAUGUGGUGGUAAUUUAAGAGCAACCACACAGCCACAACCUUUGACUUCCCCCGGAUUCCCUAAUAAUUAUCCCGGUGGUUUGGAAUGUUUAUACACAAUUACUGCUCAAACUGGAAGAAUAAUUACUUUAGAAGUAUAAUAAUAUAGUUUUACGUGAUUUUUAACUUUUGAAUUUAUAAUUUAUGUAAAAUAUUCAAUUUUAGAUUGAAGAUUUAGAGUUACAACAAAACAGAGAUUUUGUAUUAAUUAGAGACGGAGAUUCGCCAAAGAGUCAACCCAUUGGACGUUUGACAGGAUCGUUAGAAGACAAUCCUAAGUUAUUAAUGUCAACCGGAAACCAAAUGUAUUUAUAUUUCAAAACGAGUUUAGGUGACAGCAAAAAAGGAUUCAAAAUUAAAUACUCACAAGGUUGUAAAGCUACUAUAACCGCAGCUAACGGAACCAUUUCCUCACCUACUUUCGGCCUAUCAAAUUAUCCGAGCAAUUUAGAAUGUCUCAUUAAAAUCAAGAACCCGACUUUGAGUCCAUUAUCACUAAAAUUCGAUUCUUUCAUUUUACAUCAAUCUGAUUUCGUACAAGUAUACGAUGGAGCGAGUACAAGUGGACUUAGACUUCAUCCAAAUAAUGGCUUCACUGGAAAUACUCCUCCCAAAAUCACGCUUACGGCAGCCAGUGGAGAGAUGUUAGUAAGAUUUGUAACAGAUGCAUUACAUAAUCAAAAGGGAUGGCAUGCAACAUUUUCAGCAGGUAAAUCAAAUUUUUAAUUAUAAAUAUUCAGUUUAUUAUAAUUUAUUUUAUUAAAAUUAAAAUUGUUUUUAGAUUGCCCGACAUUGAAGCCCGGUGAAGGAGCAUUAGAAUCAAAUAGAGAUACCGCUUUUGGAACAACGGUUACUUUCUCGUGUCCUGUAGGACAAGAGUUUGCCACUGGAAAAUCGAAAAUUAUGACUGAAUGUUUAAUCGGUGGUAAUUGGUCAGUUUCUUAUAUCCCAAAAUGUCAAGGUAAGUUAAAUUUAAUUGAAUACAAUUUUAAUCUUUAAAUAUUAUGCAUGACAUGCGUAUUACGUAAAAGUUUGAUAGUUAAGCUAAAUAAAAUACCUAUAGGUAAUAAGAAUCUUAUAUUAAAACAAAAAUAAAAAAUAGUUUGUCUCUUUUUAUAUAUUCUUAUAUAGUUGUAUACUGUGGUCCUGUUCCACAAAUCGACAACGGUUUCUCAACCGGUUCAACCAACGUGACUUACCGCGGUCAAGCUAUGUAUCAAUGUUAUGCAGGAUUUGCUUUUCCUUCUAAUGAGCCAAUUGAAAAAGUAUCUUGUCUAGCAGAUGGACGAUGGGAAAGAUUGCCAACAUGUCUAGGUAAGCUUAUACUUAGUGAGUUUAUUUUCUCAGGUUCUGUAAUUAAUCGAUUAUAUUCUGAAAAUGUUUAGCUUCACAGUGUCCACCACUAGCGGAAACACCACACGCUAACGUAACAGUUUUAAAUGGUGGCGGACGUAGUUAUGGAACCAUCGUUCGGUUCCAAUGUGAAUCGGGCUAUGUUCGGUCAGGACACCCUGUAGUUCUUUGUAUGAGUAAUGGAACAUGGUCUAGUGGAGUUCCAGUCUGUUCACGUAAGUUUCAAUACGCUUCUCGAAGUACUAAUAAGUACCUUAUGAAUUCAUAAUUUGAUUGUAUAAUAUUAUAGGUGCUGAGUGUUCAAUACUGCCCGAAAUAAAUAACGGGUUUAUAGUUGAUCAAACUCGUAAAUAUUUCUACGGGGAUGAAGCUCGUGUACAGUGUCACCGAGGAUUCAAACUUACAGGUGGACCAUCGAUAAUCAAAUGCGGAGCAAACCAAACGUUUGCCAAUGUACCAAAAUGCGAAGGUAAGUUAUGCUGAAUUUCACAUUAACAAAAAUAAACAAUAUAAGCUAAUAGCCAGUAAUAAUUGAUUAUAGUUAAAUAAUAGGUCGUGUUUAAAAGUAUAAAAUAUAAUAAUAACAGUACAAUAUUAAGAGGACUAGGAGUUAAAAUGAUUAAAGUUAUUUAAUUGGUGAUAUACAGUGGAAAUAAGGUACAUAAAAUUUGAGAGAGUUAGUAGUAUGGAUGAAUAGAUAAAUUAUUAUUUUUUAUAAGUUACAAGUAAAUAAGUUAGGCUAUUUGAAUUAUUUUCAUCUGGCAAUAGUCACAUAGAUUAAUAAUAGAAAUAAUAGAUUUGAAUUCUAAUCGAUUCUGUGGUUCUGACGUUUUUGUAAAACAUAAAAUGAGAUGUUUAUGAAACUAAUACAUUUUUUUGUGUAUGUUAAUUAGAUGUAAAUGAAUGCGCAGCUAGUCAAUGUGAUUUAGCGUCGACAGAAUGUGUCAACAGCUUGGGUGGUUUCCACUGUCGUUGUAAGACAGGAUUCGCGCCCACUAUGGAAUGCAGGCCAAUCGGAGAUCUUGGUUUGAUAAGCGGAGGAAUAUCCGAUGAUUCUAUUACUGUAUCUGGAUCUGAACCAUCGUUUACCAAAGAGGUAGGUCUUAAAAUAAUAUUAUUCAAACAAUGCGUAGAUAUAUUUAAUUGAAAUUCAUCAUAUUAUAUUUUUAGAUGAUGCGAUUAAAUACAAUGCGUGGAUGGUGUGGCACAAGUGUUGAACCCGGUGAUAAUUGGGUUUUAAUCGAUUUAAAAGCACCCACAGUUAUAAGAGGUUUCAGAUCCCAAGGUGUAAUGAGAGGAUCAAGCAAAGUUGCAUUUUCUUCAGCAAUAAGGAUUCAAUAUUCAAAUAAUUUGACGGAUGUGUUUAGGGACUACACAAAUCCUGAUGGUACACCCGUAGAGUUCCGCAUUUUGGAACCUAGUCUGUCUGUGCUUAAUUUCCCAAUGCCCAUCGAAGCUCAGUACAUCAAACUGAGGAUACAAGAUUAUGUUGUGGCACCUUGUUUGAAACUUGAAUUAGUUGGUUGUACAAGAUUGGAUUGUGUUGACAUUAACGAAUGCUCUAUUAACAACGGCGGUUGCCAACAAAAAUGUAUUAACAGUCCUGGAAGUUAUGCAUGUUCUUGUAAUAUAGGCUAUGAGCUGUAUGUAAAGAACGGAACCGCUGGAUUUUUAAUAAACGAAUUUGAAUCUGGAGAAAGAGAUGGUGAUGUGUAUCAAAGAAACAAGACAUGUGUUCCGGUUAUGUGCCCCAAUUUGCAAGCACCCGAAAACGGAUUAGUUCUGUCCACAAAAGAGUCAUAUCAUUUUGGAGAUUUAGUAAACUUUCAGUGCAAUUUUGGAUACGUUAUGGCUGGGUCUGCGUCUCUUUUAUGUACAUCUACAGGAGCAUGGAAUGGAACAGUACCUCAAUGUCAAUGUAAUUUAACAAAUUAUACUAAAGUGUUUGUUUAAAGUGUUUUAUAAAAUGUGUACUUUUACAGUUGCAAAAUGUGUGUCUCUUCCUGACGACAAAGUUGAAGGUCUUAAAGUGAGCCGUUUUGAAAAGGAUGCAGUACUCGUACCAUUUAAAGAAAACGUUACGUUAAAAUGUGAAAAUCCAGGCCGAAUUCUCCGUGGAACAGCUACUUCUGGAUUUAGACAAUGUGUUUAUGAUCCGAAACCAGUAAGUUUAAUAUUUAGAUAAAUUAUGUUAUAGGAAUUCUAUGUCCGUUAGAUUAUAUUAAAAAAUUGUUUAGGGUUUCCCUGAAUAUUGGCUGUCAGGAGCUACUCCGUCGUGUCCAAGAGUAGAUUGUGGCGUUCCGAUGCCAACAGCUGGUGCUGAAUAUGGUAGUUUCAAAGACACUAGAUAUCAAUCAUCUUUCUUCUUCGGUUGUCAAGAUACGUUUAAACUUGCCGGGCAAACCGAUAAAAACGAUAAUGUAGUGCGCUGUCAAGCGAAUGGAAUUUGGGAUUUUGGAGAUUUAAGAUGUGAAGGUCCGGUGUGUCAAGACCCCGGAAGACCUACAGAUGGUUAUCAAGUAGCCACAAGUUAUGAACAAGGAUCUGAAGUACAAUUUGGUUGUAAUAAACCGGGUUACAUAUUAAUUAAUCCUCGUCCUAUAUCAUGUAUUCGAGAACCCGAAUGUAAAGUUAUCAAACCAUUAGGUUUGACCUCUGGUAGAAUUCCAGAUUCAGCCAUCAAUGCUACAUCGGAAAGGUAAUGAUUUAUUUUAAAUUUGAUUUUGAAUGUAAAAUUUAUUGUGAAAUUAAAUUUUAGGCCGAAUUAUGAAGCUCGUAAUAUUCGAUUGAAUUCGGUUACCGGAUGGUGUGGUAAGCAAGAAGCAUUUACUUACGUUAGUGUGGACCUAGGACAAGUUUUCAGAGUUAAGGUAUACUAAUUAAAGUACAUAUUUUAUAUAAAUAAAGAAUACAAUCAUGACAAUUUUUUUUUUAUUUAAGGCAAUUCUCGUGAAAGGUGUAGUUACCAAUGAUAUUGUUGGUCGUCCAACUGAAAUACGAUUCUUUUAUAAACAAGAAGAAAAAGAAAAUUUCGUUGUGUAUUUCCCAAAUUUCAAUUUAACCAUGAGAGAUCCUGGAAAUUUUGGUGAAUUGGCCAUGAUUACUUUACCAAAAUAUGUCCAAGCACGAUUUGUCAUUUUAGGUGAGUGAACGCAAAUUGUAUUGAUUAAUUAUCAAAUUCUGUGAUUUAUAAUACAAAUAAUGUAAUGUAUAUUAUUUUAGGAAUUGUUAGCUAUAUGGAUAAUGCUUGUUUGAAAUUUGAAUUGAUGGGCUGUGAAGAACCUAAAGUUGAACCAUUAUUAGGUUUUGAUUAUGGUCAUUCUCCUUGUGUUGGUAUGUUCAAUAGUAUACAUCUAUUAAUUUUAAUUUUUUUUUAACAAUAACUAAAAUAAAUAUAUUUUUUAGACAAUGAACCUCCAGUAUUCCAAAAUUGUCCAACUCAACCCAUUAUAGUACGCCGUGGACCAAAUGGAAUAGAACCAGUAAAUAUGACAGAACCUGUUCCUGUAGAUAACAGUGGUAGUAUUGCUAGACUCGAAGUAAAACCACAGAGUUUUAAACUACCAUUCUAUACAUUCCAAGAUACAGCAGUGAAAUAUGUUGCAUUCGAUUUUGACGGAAACGUAGCUAUCUGUGAAAUAAAUAUUACAGUAACAGGUAAAAUUAUAAAUAUUAUUUUUAAAAUACUAUUUUAUAACUAAAAUUUACCUAAUAUUACGUAUUAGAUGAAACACCGCCCCAGCUGAGCUGUCCUCAGAGUUAUGUUAUUGAAUUGGUGAACAAACAAGAUAAUUAUGUAGUGAAUUUUAAUGAAACACGUAGACGAAUUAAUGUAUCAGACGCUUCUGGUGAUGUCAUGCUUACAUUUGAACCAGAUCGAGCUUCCAUUGCUAUUGGAGAUUUCGAAAACGUUACAGUUACAGCAACCGAUAAAUUUGGAAAUAAGGCUACUUGUUACUUCCAGGUACCAACAAAUUAUUUUUUUUAUCAAAUAAUGAUUAAUUUUAAUAUUAUUAUUAAUUUUAGGUUUCAGUACAAGCAACUCCUUGUGUUGAUUGGGAUCUCAAGCCACCAUCAAAUGGAGCAUUAAACUGUCUACCUGGUGAUGGUGAUGGUUUAGAGUGUAUAGCUACUUGUAAAGCUGGAUUCAGAUUCACUGAUGGUCAGCCAACAAAGUCAUUUACUUGUGAACAAAGAAGUCUCUGGACACCUUCUUCUAUUGUACCGGAUUGUGUAUCUGAAGACACUCAUCAAGCUGAUUACCAUGUAAUACCGUCGGUGACUUACCGAGCUAAUGGAGCAGUUCCAACUCUUUGUUUAAAACAAUAUGCAGAUAUUUUAAGUCAACAUUAUGGUCCACUUAAUGAGAUAUUGACAGACAGAUGUUCCGCCGUUAAAGUUAAUAUGAACGUCUCGUUUAUCGAUACUAGACCUCAAUUGUUGGAUGAAAAUUUAGUUCAAGUACGUUAAUAGAUCAAAACCAUAAAUACAUUUCAUUAAAUAUGAUAUAUUCACUAAAACUAGUUAUAUUAAAAAAAUAUUAUUUUCAGGUGGAUUUCGUACUAGGUGUUUUACCAGAAGUUAGACAGCCUCAGUUAUAUGAUUUCUGUGGUUCGACUUUGAAUUUAGUUUUCGAUCUUAGUGUUUCGUACGCUAGUGCUGCUAUAGAACCUUUAUUAAAUAUAUCGGCUGUGGCGAAUCAAUGUCCUCCAUUGAAGGCUCUAAGGUCAUCAGUAACAAAAGGAUUUGCAUGCAAUAUUGGUGAAGUACUUAAUAUGGAUACUAACCAAGUCCCCCGAUGCUGUAAGAAAUACAUUAUACUUCUCUUGUUAUAGGUAAUUUAAAUUUAACUUCAAUUCUUUGUUUUUAGUACAUUGCCCGGCUGGUUCAUAUGCUGGCAUCAAGCAGUCAUCAUGCAUGCCAUGUGCUCGUGGUUAUUAUCAAGACACAGCUAGACAAGGCACUUGUAUGAAAUGCCCUAAUGGAACUUACACAAAGGAAUUAGGAUCUAAAAGCUUGAAAGAUUGUAUUCCAGUGUGUGGUUAUGGAACAUAUUCUCCGACUGGUCUCGUUCCUUGUCUCGAAUGUCCUAGAAAUAGUUAUACAUCAGAACCGCCUUCUUCUGGUUUUAAGGAAUGCAUAUCAUGUCCGUCUAGUAUGUUUACAUACCAACCUUCCGCUCCAAAUAAAGAUUUUUGCAGAGGUAUUUAAUUUAGUUUGAUCGUCAAAUUGCACAAAGAUAUAAUAUCAUUUAUUUAAUUUUACAGCUAAAUGUCCCCCCGGUCAAUAUUCAGAAACUGGUUUAGCACCAUGCUCACUGUGUCCUACGAACUUCUAUCAAGCUGCUAGUGGACAAACAAUAUGUACGGAAUGUCCUACCAAUACAAAAACUAAAGGUACAGGUGCCACGGGACGAGAUGAAUGUCAAUCAAUCGUGUGCAAUGAAAAUUCAUGUCUACACGGUGGACUUUGUGUGUCGCUUGGCCAUGGAGUUCAGUGUUUCUGUCCAGCUGGAUUUUCUGGAAAACGAUGUGAAAUCGACAUAGAUGAAUGUGCUUCCCAACCGUGUUUCAAUGGAGGUUCGUGUAUAGAUUUACCUCAGGGUUACCGUUGUCAGUGUAGAAACGGUUUUAGUGGAAUUAACUGCCAAGAAGAAAAGUCUGACUGUAGAAACGAUACAUGCCCCGAGAGAGCAAUGUGUAAAGAUGAACCAGGAUUAGGAAAUUUCACGUGUCUUUGUCGAAGUGGAUAUACAGGAAAAAAUUGUGACAUGACGGUAAAUUACAAUUAUUAAAAUAAAAGUUUCUAAAAUUAAAAUUAUUAAAAUUUUUUUGUUUUUUUAUUAUAGAUUGAUCCAUGUAUGGAAACAAUGAACCCAUGUAAAAACUCUGCCACUUGUACGGCACUUAAACAAGGCAGAUAUAAAUGUGAGUGUAAGCCUGGUUGGGAAGGUGAACAUUGUGAUAUAAAUAUUGACGACUGCGCAGAACGACCAUGUCUAUUAGGAGCUGCUUGCACCGAUCUUAUUAACGAUUUUAAGUGCUCUUGUCCUUCGGGCUUCACAGGAAAACGUUGUGAAACUAAAAUCGAAAUAUGCGCGGCUAAUCCAUGUCAAAAUGGGGUAUGCGUCGAUAAAUUGUUCAGUCAUCAAUGCGUAUGUCAUCCAGGAUGGACCGGUGCUGCUUGCGAAAUCAACAUUGAUGAUUGUGCAAGUAAUCCGUGUGGAAACGACGGAGAAUGUACAGACAUGGUUAAUGGUUAUUCUUGUACUUGUGACGUUGGCUAUACCGGUAAAAGAUGCCAACAUUUAAUCGAUGACUGUGCUUCUGGACCAUGCGAAAAUGGGGGAUCGUGUAUCGAUAUGUUGGACGGAUUUAUGUGUCGCUGUAGACCUGGUUUCUUAGGUCUUCAAUGUGAAGCUGGAAUUGAUGAAUGCUUAAGCGAUCCUUGUAAUCCUGAGGGUACAGAACAAUGUUUAGAUUUAGAUAACAAUUAUAAAUGUGUAUGUCAUCCGGGGUACACGGGAAAUAUGUGCGAAAAGAACAUUGACGAUUGCGCUUCUUCUCCGUGUAUGAAUAACGGUAAAUGUUUUGAUGGUGUCAAUACAUUUUCAUGUCAAUGUUCACCUGGUUGGACGGGCAAACGCUGUGAAAUCGAUUUAAGUUCAUGCCAGAGUAAACCUUGUCACAACGACGCGACAUGUAUUAACUUGUUCCAAGACUAUUUCUGCGUGUAAGUAGUUCAACUAUCGAGAAAAAAAUGUAUAUUUCGUAUGGCAGAUUUUGUAUUAUGUUUGACAAUGGUUUUGUCUUUUAUAGGUGUCCUUCCGGAACGGAUGGAAAACAAUGUGAGACCGCUCCAGAACGUUGUAUUGGUAAUCCAUGUAUGCAUGGAGGUAGAUGCCAAGACUUUGGAUCUGGAUUGAAUUGCACGUGCCCAAGUGAUUAUGACGGAAUCGGUUGUCAAUACGAGUUCGACGCCUGUCAAGUUAACACGUGUAAAAAUGGAGCAACGUGUAUUGACAAUGGUCCAGGUUACAAGUGUAUCUGUCCACCAGGAUUUACGGGUAAAAAUUGUGAUGAAGAUAUAGUCGAUUGCAAAGAAAACUCGUGCCCACCUUCUGCUACUUGUAUCGACCUUACCAACAAGUUUUAUUGCCAGUGUCCAUUCAAUUUGACUGGAGAUGAUUGUAGAAAAAGUAAACCACUAUACGUUUAGUUAUGUUAUAUGUGCGAUUUUAUUAUUUUAAUGUUUUUAUUUUAGCCAUCCAAGUCGAUUACGAUUUUAGUUUCCCAGAAGAGACGCUGAGCAGUGCGGCUUUAACCAUUCCAUUCCAAUUUUCGGGAAGUAGAGAUAGUUUCACAAUUGCCAUGUGGGUUCAAUAUGCGCAAAAAGACGAACCAGGAAUAUUUUUCACACUUUAUAGCGUGACGUUAGUUUAAUAUUAAUUUAACUAACAAUAGAUCUAUACGUGUACAACAUAAAUAACUAAUUUUAAAUAAUUUCUAGGUCUCCCCAUGUAGUACAGGGCCAACGAGUACUUGUACAAGCCCACUCGAGUGGUGUACAAGUAUCAAUAUUCCCAGAACUUCAAGAUGUUUUCUUAGCUUUCCACGAAUAUACUACUAUAAAUGAUGGGCAAUGGCAUCACAUUGCUAUUGUUUGGAAUCAAGGUACGUUGACUCUGAUUACCGAAGGAUUAAUUGCGAGUAAAAUGGAAGGUUAUGGAGCUGGAAGGAAAUUACCGGAAUUGUAAGUAACAUUUUAUUUUAAUUUACGAUAAAUGGUUAUAAAACUAAAACAUUUUCAGCGGUUGGGCUGUGCUAGGAAAGCCAAGGACAGAUAGAAAGACAUUUACAGAAGCUGGUUUUAAGGGUCAAUUGAACAAAGUACAAAUUUGGGGACGUGCGCUGGAUGUUACUAAUGAAAUACAGAAACAAGUAAGGGAUUGUAGAACAGAACCGGUUCUCUACCAAGGAUUAGUGUUGACGUGGGCAGGCUUCGACGAUAUACAAGGAGGUGUUGAAAGAAUUGUUCCUUCUAAGUGCAGUCAACAUUCUUGCCCAGUUGGAUAUACAGGUCCGAACUGUGAACAACUCCAAGUUGAUAAAAAACCACCACAUGUAGAAUAUUGUCCCGGGGAUCUUUGGGUCAUUGCCAAAAAUGGAUCAGCAGUUGUCAAUUGGGACGAACCGAGAUUCACUGAUAACGUAGGUGUUGUAAGAAUAGAAGAAAAGAAUGGACACAAACCUGGUCAAACAUUAUUAUGGGGAACAUACCGUAUAGCAUACGUGGCAUUUGAUGAAGUCGGUAAUGCUGCAGUGUGCACUUUCAGAGUGUAUGUUUUGUGUAAGUAAAUUUUUAAAUAGGAAUAAUACGUUUUAUUCAAAAUGAUGACUGCAAAUUAUUUAUUUUCUCUGUAUUUCUUAUUAUUUCAGCCGAGUUUUGUCCAAAACUGGCAGAUCCAAUCGGAGGAAAACAACAAUGUAAAGAUUGGGGUUCCGGUGGACAAUUCAAAGUAUGUGAAAUUACUUGUGAUCCAGGAUUACGAUUCUCACAAGAAGUUCCGAAGUUCUACACUUGUGGAGCAGAAGGUUUCUGGAGACCUACUGUAGAUCCGGCUUAUCCAACAAUCUACCCGGCUUGUUCAGCGUCUAAACCAGCUCAGCGAGUAUUUAAGGUCGACAUGAAAUUCCCUACAUCAGUGUUAUGUAAUGAAGCAGGACAAGGAGUACUAAGACAAAAAGUCAGGAAUGCGAUAAAUUCAUUGAACCGAGAAUGGAAUCUGUGCUCGUAUUCGAUUAAAGGAACUCGUGAGUGUAAGGACUUGAACAUAGAUGUGAAAUGUGAUCACAGAACUUCCAGGCCAUCGAGAAGCGUCGCAAAUGACGUAGAAAAUACUGCUUUAGGAUUAAGGUAAUGCUAUAUUUUUUUAAGUAAUUAUAGUAAGCUGAAAUCUAAUUAUUCUGGUAUAACUUUAGAGAGAAGAGGCAAGCCAGUGAUACAUAUUCUGUUCAGAUUUCAUUCCCGGCAAUCAAGUAAACAUUAUACUAACGUUAACAUAUCAAACAUUGAAUACUAACACCUAGUCACUUUUAGCGAUCCUGUGAUAAACAGCAAUUCCAAUCAAAGGGCCAAUAUUCAAAGGUUAUUAGAAAAACUAAUAUUGGAAGAAGAUCAAUUUGACGUGCAUGACAUAUUGCCAAACACCGUCCCAGAUCCAGCUUCUUUGAAUUUAGAAUCAGAUUACGCUUGCCCUGUGGGCGAAGUGGUUAUGGCACCAGAUUGCGGUAAGAUAUUAUUUUUAUUGCCGGUUAUUAUAAACUAAAACUGUUUAUUUCAUUUACAGUUCCAUGUUCUGUGGGAAGUUACUUUGAAAAAGAAUCGAAAAAAUGUGUACCCUGUGCUGUUGGUUCGUAUCAAAGCGAAUCGGGUCAAUUACAGUGUUCCGUGUGCCCGGCAAUUGCAGGCCGCCAAGGCGUAACGGUGUCCACAGGUGCCAGGUCAGCGUCACAAUGUAAAGAGAGAUGUCCUGCUGGCAAGUAUUACGACGACGAAGCGGGCUUGUGUAGAAGUUGUGGCUACGGUUUCUACCAGCCGUCAGAGGGUAGUUUCAAAUGUCUUUUGUGCGGUCUAGGUAAAACUACGAGAACUACGGAAGCGGUAUCUCAAGAAGUUAGUAUCGACAACUCUAUUUACAUACAAUACGUAAGAUUCAUUUUCACCUAACAAGUUUCGAUAAAUAUUCAGGAAUGUAGAGAUGAAUGUGCCGACGGUAUGCAUUUGGGAAUCGAAGGUGAAUGUGAACCGUGUCCAAGAGGAACCUAUAGGACCCAAGGCAUCGAACCGGCUUGUCAACAAUGUCCCGCCGGCAGAACCACCAAGCAAUCUGGCGCUUCAAGCAUCGAAGAAUGCUCGUUGCCUAUCUGUGUGCCAGGUAAUUCGCAGUAGUACGCUUGAAUCGCAAAAACGUUUAAAUAAUCGCAAACCUUCUACGUUACAGGUACAUACUUGAAUACGACCCAGAACAGUUGUAUUUCCUGUAAGAAGGGAACGUAUCAACCGGCUACUCAACAAACCAUCUGUUUGCCGUGCCCACCGAACAUGAGCACCAAGAGUGUAGCAUCUGUAUGUAAAAAUAAUUAUUUUUUUAAAUUAUUCUCGCCUUGGAUUAGUCACCUAAUCUUUGGUAGAUUAUAAGGACUUAUAGACUUGUAAGGACAUACAAGUAUUUUAUUAUUUUUCGUUUUGUACAGACCAGUAAAUCUGAGUGCUGGAACCCUUGUGAAGCUAACGUGGCUGGCAAACACUGCGAUAUAAACGCUGACUGUCAGUUGAUACCGGAGACGUCGGACUUUAAGUGCGAGUGCCGACCUGGUUUCAACGGUACCGGCAAGGUGUGCAAAGAUGUGUGUGAAAAUUACUGCGAAAACAAGGGCACGUGCGUCAAGGAUCUGCGUGGACAACCGUCAUGUCGGUGCGUCGGGUCUUUCAUCGGACCGCACUGCGAGGAUAAGUCAGACUUUGCGUACAUCGCUGGUGGUAUAGCCGCCACGGUCAUAUUCCUCAUAGUCAUUGCACUAUUCGUGUGGAUGAUUUGCGCCCGGUCGGAACGCGUCAAGGAGCCCAAGAAACUGAUGGCUCAAACCAAUGAUCAGACAGGGUCCCAGGUGAACUUCUACUACGGUGCUGCACCGUAUGCAGAGUCUAUAGCACCAUCACAUCACUCCACAUACGCCCAUUACUACGACGAUGAGGAGGACGGCUGGGAAAUGCCCAACUUCUAUAAUGAAACGUACAUGAAAGGUAAGGACGAAAACCUCCCAAAACAUUAAAAAUAUCUUUUAUAACAAUUAAUUUUCAUGAUUCGCAGAGAGUCUUCACAAUGGCAAGAUGAACAGCUUGGCCAGGUCGAACGCCAGUAUAUACGGCAACAAAGAAGACUUAUACGAUAGGCUCAAAAGGCACGCUUAUAACGGCAAGAAAGGUAAAUUGUUUAGUAGUAAUAAUAUUUGUGUCACCUUGAUAUAAGUGUAUUAUUAAACAAUGAAUGCUGGUUAUAUAAUACCAGAAUGCGCAAAAUCUAAAAUCUAUCAAAGAAUAAAAAACAUAAUGGUCAUAAAAAAAUAUAUUUUUAUGUUACAGAUAAAAGUGACACCGAAAGCGAAUGCCAGUGA